AUGUGUGACAGUGAGAGUCUCCAGCCAGAUGAAGUAGUGGACCCUGAGGUGGUUGAGGGGUCCAGCAUCCCCCCAGCGGAGAAGGUGGAUCCAGGGGAGGAAGUGUCCAACCCUCCCCCAGAGGAAAGCCUUGACGCUGGGGAGACGAUGCAGGACAGCUCUGAGGAAGCAAAGAGGGAACCAGAGAACAAGACGGAGGGAGAGCUAAGCCAGACAACUGCACCUGACCAUUCAAAUGAGUUAAAACCUCCACUUGUUAGUAUACGAAAAGGUACAGUGCAAGUAUAUGGGUAGACCUAUAGACAUACAGGAAGUUCAAACACAGACCAUGCCAUACAGUACAUAUAGACGUGAAGCUCUGAUUUUAUUGGCCACGAAAAUAGAAAGUCAUGUUUUGCCAUAUCAACAGACGUGGGUGUGAGUGGACACAGGCGAAUAGGAGGUCACAACCCUAAAAGCACCAAUCACACGGCAUCGGCAGCUCUUCCUUCCUCAACCGCCAGUACAACUGUGAGUAUUUACGAGGUCAAGACAGCUGAAAGGGUACAAAGGGUGUUAACCCCUCACAGUCAUUUUUCAGUAUUUUUAUUUUUAAUGAGUUGAACUUUUGAUGGGCACAACUGAUCAGUUAACAUUUUUUCAUAUGUUUUCACCUGUCUCUGUGUGUCCACGGCCUUAUUCAUAUCUCACAAUAUGGGUGAAGUUUGUUUAUGGGGAAAACAUAAAGCUUCUUUAAUCCAGUUCUCCCUAAACUAAUGUCACAGUAACGGCUGCGAGGUUGUGUUUUCUUUCACUCCCAUUCUGUCUGGAUCUGAUCAGGUUUCAGGGAAACGGACGAUGGUACUCUCCAACGAGGCCAGGAAAGAGAUGGCCAAACAGGCCAGGGCUGCCAAGGAUGAGCGUCGGGCCAUGCUAGACGCCCGCCACAAGUACCUCAUAGCCAAGCUUGUGGACAGUGUGAGCCUGGGGGAGACUGAGGUGGAGGAGGCCUUUAUAUCGGAUGACAAGGUAGGGGAGGGGGGGGGUUUGGGGGGGGGUUGGUCAGACAUUUACAAUGCAUCCAAACUCCCAUAAUACCAACUGUCAUAAAUUCUGCCCUAGUUCAAUUUGAUAGAGGAAUUCUUUGCGCCUAAUGGAUCAAAGAGGUUGAUAUUCUUCUAUCAAGACAUAAAAGCGGUAAACUGACUUACACACACUUUCUCUUCAUUGUCAUAAUAAAAAAAUGGAGUGAAGAACAUUAGUCCUAUAAUAUUCAAUAAUUUUACUUUCCCCAUCUCCCUUUUUUCAGCCUUCAUCAAACCACCCAACCUGGGUAGACACAGUCAGUUCUACCCCCGGGCAGAAAAAGCUCUUUGUCACCACUGGAACUUCAGAGGUAACGUUUUGAUGCAGAACUGAUUUAAGUCUGUGUUGGUUCUACUUCUACUUGAAAUCCUCGUCCGGAACUUCUUCCAUUUAAUAAUUAUCUCUGACAAACGUUUCUAGCCCUAAAAGAGGACUUGAAUGCCAUCAUGGCUUUCCAAAACACAGGACGUAAUUGUCACGCUCUUUCUUUAAAGUAUACAGUACUGCACUCAACACCUUGCAAGCAUAGUAAUGGGGAAGAACACUCUUCGUGAAAUAUACCAGAGCUACCCUUCUCCAAACAAGCGUAUCAGAAUGACCUCAUAAUUACUAGUUUGGUAAUGUUUGUAUUACGUUGGUAUUGGAGACAGAGCCUCUGCCACUUCUUAAGUGUUGAUUUCCAUGGUAUCAGUAACAAACAAGACGCUUUCUUUGUUUCUUUCAUUCAGUCUCAUUACCCGACCUUGGCUCUUAUGUUUCAGGCCUUACUUGAAAAGUGUUUGUUUUUCUUGAGAACAACAGACAAGGCCAUAACGACCGCCAACGUUUCUCAGGUCAGUAAGCCUAGCGUUUCUGGCCACCACUUUAGUGGCACUGUUUACAGAUAGCUUCAUUGUUGUGCUGUUGCUCCUGUACUGCUUGUGUCUUCCAGGAAGUGAAUUUCGGAAUGCUAGACUGCACUAAUGGGAACAUUUUGUACAGUUUGGAGAAACUGUUCUCACAAAUUAUGCUGCCUGCACUCAAGUCUCAAGAGGUAAUUCCCUAUCGAGUGUAAUUCCCUAUCGACAUGCAUGCUAAGUUGUUCAAAGUAAACAGAAUAAUCAAACACAACAAUUCGUUUUGCUUGAUUUGAUACUCAACUCUCCUAUAUCUCCUCUACUUCAACCCCAAUAAAUGUUUUGUUCAAUCCUCACCAGAAUUGGGGCUCCAUGAAGGAUGGACUUCAGAAUGCUCAGAUUCAGGACUUCCUGAGUUCAGUGGACAAGUUCAUUUGCAACCUCUCCUCUGCCAGACUGAAUAUGGAGGGAAAGUUCCAACUCCACAGAAUGGACACUGGACAGAGCCUAAGCAGCCUGCUAGGCCCAGCAGACUACACAGCUGCAGGUAUAGAAGUUACCUAAGUUAUGGUAUAGAAGUUGAAGUUUUUGUUUGUGAUUAGCGACUGUCAAGUCUGGUGUAUGCUGUGGUAAAUGUAUUCAUUCUUACUUAUUUGCCUGUCACCGUUAUGAUCAGCAAUUAUUUCCCCUUAGGGAUUAAUACAGUUGAUUUAAUUAAAUUGAAUUGAUAGUCCUGCGCAAAGAAAAAUCUCUUAGGGUAGAAUAGACGAUGUAUAGUACAGCACAUGCACAGGAGGCUGCUGAGGGGAAGACGGCUCAUAAUAAUGGCUGGAACGGUGCAAAUGGAAUGGCAUCAAACACAUGGAAACCAUGUGUUUGAUGUAUUUGAUACCAUUUCCCUGAUUCCACUCCAGCCAUUACCACGAGCCCGUCCUCCCCAAUUAAGGUGCCACCAACCUCCUGUGAGUACAUCCUACAAGGGCAGAUACUGGACAUGAACAAGCAUCAUAGAAUAACAUCAAUGUCAGCAGUACUGCUAAGCUCAUACUGCAUAUGAGAAAAUAAAUGCUCAAAGUAAGUCUGUAGCACAGACAGUUUGUCUCUUCCCUCUAGCCAAUAACUCAGAGCUGGUGGAGGAGCUGGAGGGCGUUCUCCUUCACUGGGCCCACCAGAUUGAACAGGUGCUGACAGAGGGCGAGCAAAUGAGGAAGGAGGCCGAUGACAUAGGGCCCUCUGCUGAACUGGAGCAUUGGAAAAGCCGCAUGACCACGUUUAACAGGUACCCAUACUCACUUGUCAUGCCACCUACCAGAAGAAUCCCCCCUUUUUCUGACACAUGGCUCAGCUCCACACUCAGUCUGUCUCAAUACACAACCUUGAACACUAGACAAUCUGUGACAUUUACGUCAUUUAGCAGACAUUAGGGUCAAGUGCCUUGCUCAAGGGCAGAGACUUUUCACCUAGUCGGCUCGGGGAUUCAAACCAGAGACCAUUCGAUUACUGGCCCAACGUUCUUAACCGCUAGGGUACCUGCCUAUUCCAAUAAAUUGUUAGGUUAUACUGUCCAAUAGUAUUCUGAAUGCCGCAUGUCUUGGUUGGUGUGUUGGUUGAGUGCACACUAGUCUAUAUUGAAUGUGAUCUAUGUUUUCUCAGCCUAAUGGAUGAGAUCAAACGACCUCAUGUGAGGAAAGUUAUUGGAGUGCUGCAGGUGGCCAAGUCAAAGACACUAAGGACUUGGAGAGAGCUGGUCAGUUUCACUCUCUCUCUAUUUUGUAUAUACUGCAUAUGUAAAGUCAGGCAUUAAUUAUCAGUUGCAUUCAGUCAAUUUUAACAUGGAUAUUUUGAAUUCAAGCUGUUACCUUUCGGACUAAUGCUACAUAGUGAGUUUUACUGUGCUUUUCACACAGUUCAGUGGGGUUGUGUGUGAGCAAAAUUAAGCCCUAUAGAAACAUAACAUAAAUCUUAUUUGCUGUAGGAUGGAAACAUCACUGUUGUAGCAAAUGAAGCAAAAGACAAUGUGAAAUACCUCUACACAUUGGAGAAGUUCUUUGGUCCGCUUGGAAAGUGCACUCCGGUAAGAACGUUGACAUCAAAUCAAAUUUUAUUGGUCGCAUACAUAUAUUUAGCAGAUGUUAUUGCAGGUGCAGCGAAAUGUUUGUGUUCCUAGCUCCAACAGUGCAGUAAUAUCUAAGAAAUAUUAAGACGAGCAAUCUCGGAGUCCGGAGUGUAUAUCAAUUAUAUACAGUACCAGUCAAAAGUUUGGACACACCUACUCAUUCAAGAGUUUUUCUUUAUUUUUACUAUUUUCUACAUUGUAGAAUAAUAGUGAAGACAUCAAAACUAUGAAAUAACACAUAUGGAAUCAUGAACUAACCAAAAAAGUGUUAAAUAUAUUUGAGAUUCUUCAAAGUAGCCACCCUUUGCCUUGAUGACAGCUUUGCACACUCUUGGCAUUCUCUCAACCAGCUUCAUGAGGAAUGCUUUUCAACAGUCUUGAAGGAGUUCCCACAUAUGCUGAGCACUUGAUGGCUGCUUUUCCUUCACACUGCGGUCCAACUCAUCCCAAACCAUCUCAGCUGGGUUGAGGUCGGGUGAUUGUGGAAGCCAAGUCAUCUGAUGCAGCACUCCAUCACUUUCCUUCUUUGUCAAAUAGCCCUUACACAGCCUGGAGGUGUGUUGGGUCAUUGUCCUGUUGAAAAACAAAUGAUAGUCCCACUAAGCGCAAACCAGAUGAGAUGGCAUAUCGCUGCAGAAUGCUGUUGUAGCCAUGCUGGUUAAGUGUGCCUUGAAUUCUAAAUAAAUCACUGACAGUGUCACCAGCAAAGCACCCCCACACCAUCACACCACCUCCUCCAUGCUUCAUGGUGAGAACCACACAUGCGGAGAUCAUCCGUUCACCUACUCUGCGUCUCGCAAAGACACGGUGGUUGGAACCAAACAUUUCAAAUUUGGACUCAUCAGACCAAAGGACAGAUUUUCACCGGUCUAAUGUCCAUUGCUCAUGUUUCUUGGCCCAAGCAAGUCUCUUCUUCUUAUUGGUGUCCUUUAGUAGUGGUUUCUUUGCAGCAAUUAAACUAUGAACUAUUCCCACGGGGGGCCAGUAUGAAAAAUAAUGUAUGCACUCACUAACUGUAAGUCGCUCUGGAUAAGAGCGUCUGCUAAAUGACUAAAAUGUCAAAUGUAAUGAAGGCCUGAUUCACGCAGUCUCCUCUGAACAGUUGAUGUUGAGAUGUGUCUGUUACUUGAACUCUGUGAGGUGCAAUCUGAGGUACAGUUAAUUGCCCAUUUCUGAGGCUGGUAACUCUAAUGAACGUAUCCUCUGCAGCAGAGGUAACUCUGGGUCUUCCUUUCCUGUGGUGGUCCUCAUGAAAGCCAGUUUCAUCACAGCGCUUGAUGGUUUUUGCGACUGCACUUGAAGAAACUUUCAAAGUUCUUGAAAUGUUCCGGAUUGACUGACCUUUAUAUCUUAAAGUAAUGAUGGACUGUUGUUUCUCUUUGCUUAUUUGAGCUGUUCUUGCCAUAAUAUGGACUUGGUCUUUUACCAAAUAGGGCUAUGUUCUGUAUACCAGCCCUACCUUGUCACAACACAACUGAUUGGCUCAAACGCAUUAAGAAGGAAAGAAAUGUCAUUUAAUAAGGCACACCUGUUAAUUGAAAUUCAUUCCAGGUGACUACCUCAUGAAGCUGGUUGAGAGAAUGCCAAGAGUGUGUAAAGUUGUCAUCAAGGCAAAGGGUGGCUACUUUGAAGAAUCUCAAAUAUAAAAUAUAUUUUGAUUUGUUUAACACUUUUUUGGUUACUACAGGAUUCAAUAUGUGUUAUUUCAUAGUUUUGAUGUCUUCAGUACUAUUCUACAAUGUUGAAAAUAGUAAAAAUAAAGAAAAACCCUUGAAUGAGUAGGUAUGUCCAAACUUUUGACUGGUACUGUAUGUAUGUUAUGGGAUGUAUUGACAUUAUGGACAGUAUGUGGAUAGAAUAUGUAGUAUAUCUGAAGAAUGAUAGAAUAGUAUAUGUAUGCCUCCCGAGUGGCACAGCGGUCCAAGGGACUGUAUCGCAGUGUUGUGGUGUCACUACAGCCCGGAAGUCCCAUAGGGCGGCGCAUAAUUGGCCCAGCAUCGUCCGGGUUAGGGGAGGGUUUGGCCGAGUGGGCUUUACUUGGCUCAUCGUGCUCUAGCGACUCUUUGUGGUGGGCCGGGCUUCUGCAGGCUGACUUUGGUCGUCAGUUGAACAGUGUUUCCUCCGACACAUUGGUGCAGCUGGCUUCCGGGUUAAGCGAGCAGGUGUUAAGAAGCGCGGCUUGGCGGGUCAUGUUUCGGAGGACGCAUGACUCGACCUUCGCCUCUCCCGAGCCCGUUGGAGAGUUGCAGCGAUGAGACAAGGUCAUAAUCACGAAAUUGGAGAGAAAAAGGGGUAAAAAAUAUACAUUAUAAUAAAAAAAGAAUAGUAUAUGUAUAGCAAUAGUUACAUAGGCUGGCCUUGACUAGAAUACAGUAUAUACAUAUGAAAUGGGUAAAACAGAAUGUAAACAUUAUUAAAGUGACCGGUGUUUCAUUAUUAAAGUGACCAGUGUUCCAUGUCUAUUUACAUAGGGCAGCAGCCUCUAAGGUGCAGGGAUGAGUAACCGGGUGGUAGCUGGCUAGUGACAGUGACUAAGUUCAGGGCAGGGUACUGGGUGGAGGCCGGCUAGGGAUAGCUAUUUAACAGUCUAAUGGCCUUGAGAUUAAAGCUGUUUUUCAAUGUUAUCAGGUGGGUGGAAAUAUGCACUAGAUUGAUGAAAAUGAUGCCAAAUAAUAUUCUAAGGCUAGAAAUUCGAAUGCUUUUGACUUUAGCAUUAGGAUUAAUGCUUUUGCGAAAUGCAAACAGUCCUCAAAGCCUAAAUUCAUGUACAUUUACAGUGGGGAGAACAAGUAUUUGAUACACUGCCAAUUUUGCAGGUUUUCCUACUUACAAAGCAUGUAGAGGUCUGUAAUUUUUUAUCAUAGGUACACUUCAACUGUGAGAGACGGAAUCUAAAACAAAAAUCCAGAAAAUCACAUUGUAUGAUUUUUAAGUAAAUAAUUUGCAUUUUAUUGCAUGACAUAAGUAUUUGAUCACCUACCAACCAGUAAGAAUUCCGGCUCUCACAGACCUGUUAGUUUUUCUUUAAGAAGCCCUCUUCUUCUCCACUCAUUACCUGUAUUAACUGCACCUGUUUGAACUCGUUACCUGUAUAAAAGACACCUGUCCACACACUCAAUCAAACAGACUCCAACCUCUCCACAAUGGCCAAGACCAGAGAGCUGUGUAAGGACAUCAGGGAUAAAAUUGUAGACCUGCACAAGGCUGGGAUGGGCUACAGGACAAUAGGCAAGCAGCUUGGUGAGAAGGCAACAACUGUUGGCGCAAUUAUUAGAAAAUGGAAGAAGUUCAAGAUGACAGUCAAUCACCCUCGGUUUGGGGCUCCAUGCCAGAUCUCACCUCGUGGGGCAUCAAUGAUCAUGAGGAAGGUGAGGGAUCAGCCCAGAACUACAUGGCAGGACCUGGUCAAUGACCUGAAGAGAGCUGGGACCACAGUCUCAAAGAAAACCAUUAGUAACACACUACCCCGUCAUGGAUUAAAAUCCUGCAGCGCACGCAAGGUCCCCCUGCUCAAGCCAGCGCAUGUCCAGGCCCGUCUGAAGUUUGCCAAUGACCAUCUGGAUGAUCCAGAGGAGGAAUGGGAGAAGGUCAUGUGGUCUGAUGAGACAAAAAUAGAGCUUUUUGGUCUAAACUCCACUCGCCGUGUUUGGAGGAAGAAGAAGGAUGAGGACAACCCCAAGAACACCAUCCCAACCGUGAAGCAUGGAGGUGGAAACAUCAUUCUUUGGGGAUGCUUUUCUGCAAAGGGGACAGGACGACUGCACCAUAUUGAGGGGAGGAUGGAUGGGGCCAUGUAUCGCGAGAUCUUGGCCAACAACCUCCUUCCCUCAGUAAGAGCAUUGAAGAUGGGUCGUGGCUGGGUCUUCCAGCAUGACAACGACCCGAAACACACAGCCAGGGCAACUAAGAAGUGGCUCCGUAAGAAGCAUCUCAAGGUCCUGGAGUGGCCUUGCCAGUCUCCAGACCUGAACCCAAUAGAAAAUCUUUGGAGGGAGCUGAAAGUCCGUAUUGCCCAGCGACAGCCCCGAAACCUGAAGGAUCUGGAGAAGGUCUGUAUGGAGGAGUGGGCCAAAAUCCCUGCUGCAGUGUGUGCUAACCUGGUCAAGACCUACAGGAAACGUAUGAUCUCUGUAAUUGCAAACAAAGGUUUCUGUACCAAAUAUUAAGUUCUGCUUUUCUGAUGUAUCAAAUACUUAUGUCAUGCAAUAAAAUGCAAAUUAAUUACUUAAAAAUCAUACAAUGUGAUUUUCUGGAUUUUAGUUUUAGAUUCCGUCUCUCAGUUGAAGUGUACCUAUGAUAAAAAUUACAGACCUCUACAUGCUUUGUAAGUAGGAAAACCUGCAAAAUCGGCAGUGUAUCAAAUACUUGUUCUCCCCACUGUAUAUGCAAAUCCUUGAAACUGUCCAUGCCACAAACUGACAUAAGAUAUAAGACGACAAUGUUAAAACACUGCACCUGUAUAUGUACGAUGUGUACGACCAAUUAGACAAGACAAGUCACUGUGUAUUACCUCUUCUAGACGAGCAUGUUGGAACACAUCCCCAGCCUGAUGAACAGCAUCCGUAUGAUCCACAGCAUCUCCCAGUACUACAACACCUCAGAGAGAAUGACCUCUCUCUUUGUCAAGGUCACCAACCAGAUGAUUACAACCUGCAAGGCCUACCUAUGCCAGGACGUGGCCAAGGUCUGGGAUCACAACAGGUAUUUAUCCAGAAAUAAUAAUAUAUGUGAUCACUGCAGGAAUUUAACCCACAACCUAGGCAUUGCUAGCAGCACACUCUUACCAUAUGAGCCACACAGCUGGCUUUCAUCCUCCAUGGUCCAAAAUCAAUGAUGCUCUGCAAUUGUUCUGGACUGCUGAAGUAAACUUUUACAGUGCAUUCGGAAACUAUUCAGACUCCUUGACUUUUUGCACAUUUUGUUACGUUACAGCCUUAUUCUAAAAUGGAUUAAAUUAAAAUGUUUCCCUCAUCAAUCUACACACAAUACCCCAUAAUGACAAACUGAGAACAGAUUUUUGAAUUGUUUGCAAAUUUAUUAAAAAUAAAAAACAGAAAUACCUUAUUUACAUAAGUAUUAUGUAAAUAAGCUGCAAAGAAAAAGCCAUAUCUCAGACUGCCCAUCUUAAUCUUUUCUUUUUAUUGGCCAGUCUGAGAUAUGGCUUUUUCUUUGCAACUCUGCCUAGAAGGUCAGCAUCCCGGAGUCGCCUCUUCACUGUUGACGUUGAGACUGGUGUUUUGCGGGUACUAUUUAAUGAAGUUGCCAGUUGAGGACCUGUGAGGCGUCUGUUUCUCAAACUAGACAGUCCUCUUGCUCAGUUGUGCACCGGGGCCUCCCACUCCUCUUUCUAUUCUGGUUAGAGCCAGUUUGCACUGUUCUGUGAAGAGAUUAGUACACAGCGUUGUAUGAGAUCUUCAGUUUCUUGGCAAUUUCUCGCAUGGAAGAGCCUUAAUUUCUCACAACAAGAAUAGACUGACGAGUUUCAGAAGAAAGUUCUUUGUUUCUGGACAUUUUGAGCCUGGAAUCGAACCCACAAUUGCUGAUGCUCCAGAUACUCAACUAGUCUCAAGAAGGCCAGUUUUAUUGCUUCUUUAAUCAGCACAACAGUUUUCAGCUGUGCUAACAUAAUUGCAAAAGGGGUUUCUAAUGAUCAAUGAGCCUUUUAAAAUGAUAAACUUGGAUUAGCAAACACAACGUGCCAUUGGAACACAGGACUGAUGGUUGCUGAUAAUGGGCCUCUGUACGCCUUUGUAGAUAUUCCAUUAAAAAUCAGCCGUUUCCAGCUACAAUAGCCAUUUACAACAUUAACAAUGUUUUCACUGUAUUUCUGAUCAAUUUGAUGUUAUUUUAAUGGACAAAAAAAUUGCUUUUCUUUCGAAAACAAGGAAAUUUCUAAGUGACCCCAGACUUUUGAACGGUAGUGUGUGUGUGUGUGUGUGUAUAUAUAUAUAUAUAUAUAUAUAUAUAUAUAUAUGUAUAUAUAUAUAUAUGGCAUACAGUAUAUAUAUGACAUACAGUAUAUAUAUAUAUAUAUACUGUAUGCCAUAAUUAUUCCACAUUAUACACAUACAUUUACCCCAUAUUAAUCGAUCACCAUGUGUGACAAAUGAAACUCUGAAUGGAAAAUAUUGAUUUAUUUAGCAAAAUAACAAACUGCAGCUAUAAAACCGUUUCAACCUAUUUCCGUAAAGUAAGUAAGCCUCUGAGAUCGAAGUAGGGAUGUAGGCAAUCUUUCUGCACAGUCAUGGUAUGCAAGCAAUAUUAUAAGUCACCCAAUAACUUCUUGCUGAAAGUGGCCCUGCUUUCCAACUCAAAGACUCUGUAAACUGCAGUACUAUGCACAUAUUUCAGGACAACUCUACUCUGAAAGAUGUUGCUUCAUUCAUAAGUACAUUUGUCUAUUCUGGAGGACAUUCAAAUGAAAGCAGUUAAUUUUACAUUUUUGCUUCCAACUAAUCAACAAUUAUGGUGAUGAUUGUGAGGUUAUGUUUUUUCUAAAAUGAUGCUAAAGUAAACCUACAACUGUGCCAAGCAACUAUUGCGAAAUAAAUAUAAUUAUAUUAUUCACACUUCGGAUGGAUUUCUAUGCUUUAUUUGUUAGCAUAUGAAACAGUGUUAUUGAAGGAAGUCUAUGGCAUGUCUCCUCUCAGAAACGAGAUGUUGAGGAGGAUCAGAGAAUGCACACAGCUCAACCAGGAGUAUCAGCUGUGCUUCCAGAGGGUACGGGAGAAGCUUCGGGACAACCCCAAUGACAAGCAGUUUGAGUUCAGGUAAACAAAACUAAAAACUAGGCUAGCUGGAUAAAUUAGACCCGGGUCAAUUACAUAUGCUUAUCUUUUCCUAUUCUCAAUUACAUGUAAAACAUAUUUUUACCAAUGAAAUAGUUCAGAAAGUUCAAAAAAAUGAAUUGAGCGCACCUCAAAUAAACACUUAAUCGGUGUCACUGCAGUGAGAAUUACAUUUUCGGCAAAUUCGACACAUUCUGCAAGCGACUGGAGAAGAUUGCAGACAUGGCCUCCAUUUUGGAGGACCUCGCAUCUCUGCAGCACAUGAAAGUGGAGGGGAUCGAGAAGAUCUUUGUUCGCUAUCAGACCAUUGUGACCACCACCAAGUCCAAGACCUACAAUGUGCUUGACCACCGCAAGUUAGAGGUACUAUUCUAUUAAUUUAUUUUACCUAUAUUUUACCAGGCAGGUCAAUUAAGAAAAAAAUCGUAUUUACAAUGAUGGCCUGGCAAGAGGCAUAAAGCCUCCUGUGGGGUAGGGGGCGGGGAUAAAAAAUAAAACACAGACGGAAGACAGAUGGCAACAGUACAGAUACAUCACCAGACAGAGAGUGGAAGCAUAGCACAUCACGACAAGAGACAUCGCCGCACUACAUGAAGAGAGUCCUAUGGCAACAAAAAACACCAUGGCACAAACAAUGUUAAGGGCAGACAACAGCACGAGGGAAAACGACAAAGUGUCAGACCACAAUUCAAGCAGCAUAGCACUACUGAAUAGACAAACGGACAGAUAGAGGCAACAAACAAUAGCAGCGCAAGCAGGCAGUCAGAAAACACACACCACAAUUAGCCACCUAAGUUAUUGUAUCCCAUAACAGCUACAGUUGUUAGUGAGAAUGUCCAUGAUUGAGUCCUUAAUAUCAAAUGUAUGAUGAAGUGGUGGUUGUAAAACAGACUAUAAUGCUAAUUGAUCAAUCUGUCGUACAACUGCCUUAACUCCAUGAAAUGGUAAUAUAAUGGUUUCUAUGAGGGUUUUAAGUUGAUCAAAAACGUUGUAUUGAGUUUGUCUCUGAAUUGUUUGAAUGCUACUGAUCCUCCUCUUUGCUCAGUUUGAUGGUGACUACACAGAGUUCAAGUUCCAGAUCCAAGGCCUCUUCCAGUCUCUCCAGUCAUUGCUAGUGACCUGGUUUGAGCAGUCACUAACUGUGAGUUCUCACUGAUAUAAAAGUCUCUCUGACAUCUAAGGGUACCAACUCAUCUCAAAAUGUACAGCAUGUUUCUAUGAUGAUUCAUCGCCUUUCACUUCACUGAAUUCUUUCUCUACCAUUAGACUGAGCGAAUGCUUGACCUCCUCUCUAAGUUUGAGAAUGGCGUCGGUAAGCAGCUGGACCUCACAGACAAAUACAUGGCAGUACUGCAGCGCUAUAGCCGAGACCUGGAGCUUGUCAGGAAGCUCUAUCAAAAGCAGAAGGACAACCCUCCCAUUCCUCGAAACAUGCCUCCUGUGAGUCCAUGUAGUCCAACUUUUCUUAAAUGUGCUGCACAGAGCAAAUUGGUAGUAUUUCAUGAUGAAAGCAUGAUGAAUUAUGUUUUUUUCUUCCAAUCUACAAUUGACAUAUUCACUGUUUUGCUUAUAGUAUACUGUACUCAGGCCUCUGUGGUUACUGCAAAAUACAUUUCACACAUUUGCUGGCUGCCCAUAGAGCUAUGCAGCACUUCCUCAGUUAAAUUUGAUGUGUGGUGACAGUGGUGUAAAUGUCAAAGCGUGUAUGAAAGAGGAUGUAAUGCAGGGCUCUCCACCCUGUUCCUGGAGAGCUACAGUCCUGUAGGUUUUCACUCCAUCCCUAAUCUAGCACAUCUGAUUCUAAUAAUUAGCUGGUUAAUGAGAUGAAUCCGGUUAGAUACAACCGGGGUUGGAGUGAAAACCUACAGGAGGGUAGCUCUCCAGGAACAGGGUUGGAGAGCCCUGAUCUAAUGCAUUUAUCUCUUUUCAGACAUUUAAGUCAUACAAACAAAUACAGUGUGAAGAACACAGCACAUACGUGGUCCUCUGUAGCUCAAUUGGUAGAGCAUGGCGCUUGUAACGCCAGGGUAGUGGGUUCGAUCCCCGGGACCACCCAUACGUAAAAAUGUAUGCGCACAUGACUGUAAAUCGCUUUGGAUUAAAGCGUCUGCUAAAUGGCAUAUUAUUAUAUUAUUAUACAGAAUGUCAAGGGUCUUUUUGGUCUUCAUAGGUUUUAAAAUGCUUCUCUCUCUGGCAGGUUGCAGGGAAGAUUAUGUGGUCGCGGCAACUAUUCCGAAAGAUUGAGUUACCUAUGUCUGUCCUGAAAAACAAAAUGGACAUUCUACAGGUAGUGUUUUCCAAUUUCAAUAACAUUUCCUCAAUUGUUUUGUUUAAUUUGUAACCCUAAAUUAGGUAAAUGUGAUUCUUUGGGUUGACAAUUUUACAACUUUCUGUCUUCUGAAUUCAUACUUUUGUGUGGGAAACAAAUCAAAGGAAAUGAAAUGUAAUGUGACAUCAAUGAAAUGUGACAUCUACAGUACCUAAUUUGUAUGGUCCCCAAAAAAUACUAUCAUUAUAUUUAGAAUGCCCAAUACAUUGCUUCAUUCUGAGUAGUAUGCUAGUGUAGAUAUUGGUACAGAAACUCAUGCUUUUCUGUUUGUCUGUCAGACCCCUGAGAUGAGGAAGGUGAUCAGAAGCUAUAACAAGAUGGCUGCCGUUCUCCUUGAGUACGAGCUCCUGUACCACAGAGGCUGGAGCCAAGCCGUGGAGAUGGGCCGUCACGGCUUGAACGCAUCGCUGCUCGUCAGAGACCCAGAAACAAAGGUUCUGCCCAUUCCAAAGUGCCACUAAUGUUGACAUUAUAUUCAGGAAAUUGCCUUUUACUUAGAGGCCACAGCUAUAGAACUAAGCAACACCUUGUGUAAUUUUUUCAUAAAUGCUACAUUAUAUAUGCGUGUGUUGUGCAAAUUUUGUCAUUUAGCAGAUGCUCUUAUCCUGAGUGACUUACAGGAGCAAUUACUGUUAAGUGCCUUGCUCAAGGGCACAUCGACAGAUUUUUCACCUAGUUGGCUUGUGGAAUCGAACCCGCAACCUUUCCGUUACUGGCCCAACACUCUUAACCGCUAGGCUACCUUUCGAUUUCUCUCUGUUAACUCACCCUUCAAUAUUGUGAUUCUUCCCUGCCCAGGAGAUAUAUGUUAACCUUGACCCCUUGGUCCUGGAGGUGCUGCAUGAGGCUAAGUGCAUGCAUAAGCUUGGCAUCGCCGUCCCAACGGUGAUCCUGAAUAUGUGUGCCAAAGAAGUCGAGCUGAAGGCCCAUCAAAACAGGUGAUAUAUUAUUGAUUGAAUCAAGUGUUUCAGUAAUCAAGUGUUAAUAAUCAAGUGUUGAACUAAACCAGAACACGCUGUAGCUCCCCAGGACCAGGUUUGGUGACCAGGUGUUGACUAUGGGUGUAAUGUACGAUACAUGUCUAUUUUCUACAACAGUUGAGGCAAAAAUGUCCUUGGUAUCAUAGAGGAUGUUUUAAGAGUGAACUCCCUUUGUCCCAGGCUACAGGAAAUGCUGCAGGACUUUGAAGCAGUCUUAUCCAGGAUUCCUCCCCUUCUCCUCCCCCUGAUGCAGCCCUUCAUCAGCCGCGUGGAGAGCUCGCUCUCCCAAGGGCUCACCACUCUCUCCUGGACAUCACUCAACACCAACAGAUGUGAGAGAAACACUCUAGUUUUCUGGUGAAAUUGGAUGGGGUUCUCCUAUUCCAGUCCUGGGGACGGUUGUACAGUAUAUGUGCAGGCUUUGGUUCCAACCCUGAAGUAAUACACCUGAUUCAGCUAAUCAUAACCCAUAAUGAGGAUUAUGAUUGGGUUAAAUAUCUGAAUCAGGUGUGUUACUGCAGGGCUGGAUUGAAAGCAUUGAAUCAGUGAUUGUGUUCAUUCAGUAAUAUUCAUAGACUUAACCAAACAGACUGUCCUUUUCUUGUAGUCAUAGAGAAUGUAUAUGGAGUACUGCAAGAAGUGGAGCAAGUUGCAAAGGUUGCCAUGGAUACACUGGAGUGUCGCAUCGAGAGGGUCCUACAGGCCAUGUCGUCCACUGCCCUGCUGGUGCUGCCCGAGGAUAUGCCUGUUUCAUCCCAAAACUUUCAGAGCCAAGCUGAGGACACUGUGAAGUCUGCUGGGCAGGCACUGAGCAUGUAAGUGCUGACUGAGCUCUACAAAUCAUACAGAAAGGUCAAAUACGCCUAUGUUAGGUUCCUCCAAUAUGUGAAAUCUUAGUGUCAUUACAUGGCUUGAUAUGGACUUGCAACACUUAGUGUGUUGUGAAAUCUGUUAUGUAAUGUUUAAAAAAUUGUAUAACAUUGAUUGCGUACCAUUCUUCUUUAGUGUGCUGUCCAUGUGUACUUCAUAUUUACUUCAUACUAACUGUAAGUCGCUCUGGAUAAGAGCGGCUGCUAAAUGACUAAAAUGUCAAAUGUUUAAAAGCUAUUUUGAAAAAGCUAAAACUGGAACGCUUUGUUUGAAAGGUUUGCUCAGUUUCACUGUUUAUCUUGAUUUCACUGCAGCCAAAGUAAGCAAGUGGAAAUGUCUAUGCACGAGAUGAUUGAGGAACUGAAAAAGAGGAUGACGCCAGCAGAAACAGUCAACCUAGAGGUGGGUUAGUAUGACUGACUCGGGGAGCAGUGCAAGUUUUCAGGUCUCGGGACAAAGUUACUUUUCACACAAGUGUGGUUCAAGAAACCACCUCUGUUACAUUAGCAAUAAACGCACAACUACACCUGUCAACAAUGAUAGAGCCUUUGUGUAACGCCCCAAUCCAGGGGUCUCUCCAGUGUCUACACCCGGAUGCUAAACAGAAGACACGUUGCCAGUCGUGUCUAGCCUGUUGCUUUUACAACCUGAUGGCUCAGCUGUGCCAGAGGAACACAGAGGCCCUGGUCAAAGGUGAGAUUUCUGAUUGACCUUUGACCUAUGUUAGGUCAUUGGGGUUAGGAUCAACUUCGUUUUAAUCAAUCAAACCAAGACAUUAAUUCAAACGCAACAAUUUAAUGAAAACAAUACACAUUGGCAAUAAUAGUUAGUAGUUUUAUGACUGAGUAUCAAAACCGCCCUAAACUGACGUAUGUUUUCCUAUAAUCAUUUACACUUUCAUAGCUACAAGGUCAUCCCUUGAUUCUCUGAGGCGAAGGCUUCAUGUGGCGAGUUCCAAGUACCAGUCGUCCUCGUACCUGAGUCGACCACAGGUCCAGGUUCCUCUCUUCAAGGCCUCUAUUCAGCUGGCCAUUCCCAACAUCGUCCUCAAGCCUAGUCUGGAGGACAUCCAGGUACUCCUUCAAAGAAAUAGUUCACUCCAAAAUCAAAGUUUGUUGGUAAAUUGGAUAGGAAAGAUGAUAUAUAUAUAUAAUGUCCUAGUUUAAGUCAGGGAGCAGGGUUCUUUUCAUUGUCUAUUUUAUGUUAUGAAUAUACACAUUAGUGUGUUUAUUUCUAUCUAUUCAAUAUUCAAUUCUUUUCCACUGAUAAAUCACAUUGCAUGGUGGCAUUUUCCUCUGUCUUUCUCCCUUGCUGUCUCACAGAAUACUGUCAACAAAGUUGUGAGCAUUGUGCUGUCAAUGGCUACAGACAUCCCACUAUGGACAUUUUCCCAUCUACAUCACAAGCAGCUUCAGGUAUGCUUGCUAUCUGGUCAAUGUACCUGCUGAUUAUUACGUCUGCUGUGUUGCCUUGGACUUUUCUGCUCUAACCCACUGUGAAUAUUUCUUAUUGUUGUAUAUUUGAUGAAUUUGUACCUUUCCUCCGUAUAGUGUGUUUUAUUUAUUUUUAGUGUGUUGUCCUGUUCACUGUUGGCCAGGUCAUUAUUGUAAAUGAGAAUUGGUUCUCAAUUGACUUAUCUGGUUAAAUAAAGGUGAAAUAAAUAAAUAAAAUAAAUAAACAAAAGAUUCCUGAAUGGUAUUACUAUCAUAUUUUUUUCUUAUAAUUAUUCCUACCUUAAAUAUUGUUCAAAAAUUGAAUGUAAGUAGUGAUCCAAAUUGGGGUCUUUCCCUGUGUCACUCCCCAGGCAGAGCAGGCUGCAGUGAGGGACGCUGGGGACGACGGCCCCCUGACCAAGCAGCUGGUUCUCAAGCCCCUGGACCGGCAGCUGGCCGAGCACAAGGACGUCACCAAGGCCGUCAUCCAGCUGGGUUCCAUCGUGUCCUCCCUCAGGACCGAGGCCGGGGACGUGCUGCAGGAGUUCCAUCACUUCUCCACCCUGUGGAAUCAGGUCUGCUGGGCUGGAAAUGUUAGCGAUACAUGAGAGAAUGCUGGUGCCAUCAUCUUUGAAUGAUCCAUUAGUAUUCAAGUUCUACCAGAUCCAGGAUGUACGAAGCCAAGAGUGAAAGAGAGAGAGAGACAAUGUGGAUGAAUUGAUGUACUGUAUACAAUGAUUUGAUAUGAUUUGACCGUCCGGAUCGAUAUAACAUGACUCGUAUUGUUCUCCCCAGGACCCAGAGGAGGAAGUGAAAACCUUCCUGGAGACCAGUCCAUCCCUCCCAGCGUUCAGCACUCAGAUUUCCUCCUACUCUGUUAGUGACAUUCACUCAUUGUUUUACAUAUUGGAUGGUUGUCAUUAGAUUUGAUCUGUUUGAUGUGUUACUUGCUUACCUCUGCAGAAACUGGAAGCUCAGAUUGAAGACUUGCCAGCAUCCUGCACUGUGGGUUCAGUCCUGUUCCACACAGACCACCUCAAGCUCUCCCUGACCCAGGAGUGCCGUGCCUGGAAACGGGCCUUCGGAGCUGCGCUGAACAGCCAGGCCUCAGCCGACAUGGCCGACAUCUACUCCUUUGUGGACGGCCUGACCAAGAGGCUCCAGAGGCCUAUCGAAGACCUGGAGGACGUUAGGGGAGCCAUGGCCUCUCUCCGAGAGGUCAGAGAGGCAGAGAUCCGGAUAGAUGCCACCAUCGGCCCCGUGGAGGAGUCGUUUGCCCUACUCAACCGCCACGAGUUGAUCUUCAGUGACGGGAACGCAGAGAAGGUGGACGGGCUGACGUACGCCUGGAGUAACCUCAAUGCACUGGUGGGUGGAAAAUUAAACCUGUCAUAAACUGUAUUUCACAUUACAUUUUCUCGCCUGACAAUAUAUUGUUCCUAGAUUUACUUGUCCUGUGUGUAGUGUGGUUUCUGAUGCUCUGCAUGGGUGGUCAAUCAUCUUGUAACCUACUGAGGCAAAAUAUAAGAAAAUGUCUCAGGAAUAUGAUAAAGUUUAAGACUCACAUACAUCGACUGUAGUAGUUGUUGCAACCAACCAAGACAUGUAUUCUGUACAUGUGGCAGUAGAGGGCAGCAAACCACUGAGUAUGUGAUGAACAUCACUUCCUGCUCUCUCUCAAGUGUGAGCCAAAGAUGGUGGAUAAAUGAAGGCCUUUUACCAUUUUAAAAAAAUGUCACAGUUCUGGUCUGCUUAAAGGCCCAGUGCAUUCAAAAACAUGAUUUUCCUGUGUUUUAUAUAUAUUUCCACACCAUGAGGUUGAAAUAAUACUGUGAAAUUGUGAAAAUUAUGAUAAUGCGCUUUUAGUGUAAGAGGUGUUUGAAAAGACCGCCUGAAAUUUCAGCCUCUUUUGGUGGGAUGGAGUUUUGGCCUGCCUGGUGACAUCACCAGGCAGUAAAUUAGUUAGACUAAAAAGAAAGAGUUCCAAACCUCUCUUCCAAUAACAGCUAGUUUUCAGUUUCCCCCUCCCCACUCAGACCACUCCCAGGCAGUCCUAGCAAAAUUCUUGCUUGAGAAAUGUCUCUUUGCUAAGAAGUUAUUUUUGUUUCUUUUUGACAAUUUUAAUUGAAAACAAUCACAGUAAGGUAUUUAAUUGUUACCCAGAAAUUAUUUGAUAUUGAGAUAAAAAUGGCUGCAUUGGACCUUUAAGGGGUAGCUCUCCUAUAGGCACCAAUGCAUUAGCAGCUUGGUCUGGUCUGCUUAGUUCAUUAACUGUAUAUGAACCAGAAAAAAAGGAGCGAUUUAGAUGUCUCGCUUCCUCUUCCAUCUCUGUUUGAGCUGUGCUCAGUAUCUGAAACCAAAACAAUGUCCAUCAAAAGGUGAUGGAAACCCAAACUACCCUGGUGAAGAUUCAACCUGCCAUGAAGGCAGACCUACUGUCAAGGGUGGAGACCUUCCAGAACUCUGUCCACACCUACUACUCAGAUUAUGACAAAAGGUAGAAUACAGUUAUCUUUUCCAUUCAGACAUUUUGGUCAAUAGUUGAUAGAUUCCUAUAAUCCAUAUGCUUUAUGUUCAUCAAGUGGCCCUGGAGUUGAGGGGUUGACUCCAGAUGAAGCCAGCGACAGACUGCAGAGCUUCCAGGCCCAGUUCAAUGAGCUGUGGAGAAAAUAUGUUACCUACUCUGGAGGGGAGGAGCUAUUCGGCCUCUCAGUUAACGGUGACUAUUCUCACGUUCAUAUCCACAUUGAAAUACACUGUUUCCUGGACCCAUAUUAUACAUACAUAUCCUUAGACUUAAAAACACUUUCAAUGGAGAUUUGUCAUUGAGAAUAAUUGGAAUUCAGGAUUAGGCUAAUAUGGCUAAUAUCUGUCAUUAACAGAAUAUCCGGAUCUUCAGAGAAUUAAAAGAGAGCUGGGUCUUUUGUUGAAACUUUACACUCUCUACAACUCUGUCACUGAAAGCGUCACUGGUUACUACGAUAUCCAAUGGGCUGACCUAAACGUAGACAAGAUCAACAAUGAACUGCAGGAUUUCCAGAACAGGUAGAAUCCCAUGGACUGUGAUAUACAUAUGUCAAUAUGCUGUAUUGGCAAAUAAUUUAAACGAUAGAUAACAGUUUAAAUUUAGUUGCUGACUAAUCUAUUUUUCUACUUUCCAUAAGAAUCCGGAAACUUCCCAAGGCGCUGAAGGAGUGGCAAGCCUUUAGUGACCUGAAGAAGACGAUCGAUGACUUCAACGAGACGUGCCCCCUACUUUACAUGAUGGCUAACAAGGUGAAACAUUACCUUUCAUUUGAUCAUCUAAAACUCACCAUUUGCAUAUUGUUUUUCCUGACGCUUGUCCCUUUUCUCCCCUCUCCCUUUCAGGCGAUGAUGUCCAGGCAUUGGAGCCGCCUCAGUGACCUCACAGGUCACAUCUUUGAGGUGGAGUCGGAGAGCUUUGCCCUCAGAAACAUCAUGGAGGCACCACUGCUCAAAUACAAAGAGGAUGUUGAGGUACCAUGUCACCAAAUCACCUCACCAAAAUGGGCAAACAAUAUACUUUUAAAAUAGAAUUAGGCGUGCUGUAUUUAUCUGGACAGGAUGUGUGCAUCAGCGCCGUGAAGGAGAGGGACAUUGAGGCCAAACUGAAAGACGUGGUGGCCGAGUGGAGCAGCCACACGCUCACCUUUGCCCCCUUCAGGAACCGGGGGGAACUGCUACUGAAGGGUACUGACACUGCAGAGAAGGUGGCCCUCAUGGAGGACAGUCUUAUGGUGCUGGCCUCACUCAUGGGCAACCGGUAGGUACCACCACAUCCUCAUGUCUGAUUUGAUCGACUGGGUUUCAAACCAAGGUACCACAAUAGUAGUAAUUAGGCAUUAAUUCAGCAUUAAAUUCAACGUUCUCUUCUAGAUGACCAUACAGAUAGUUGUCGAUAGUUGUCGAUGGUGGCAGGUAGCCUAGCUGUAGAGUGGUAGGUAGCGUAGCGGUUUGAGAAUUGGGCCAGAAACCGAAAGGUCGCUAUUUCGAAUCCCUGACCUGACAAGGUGAAAAAUCUGUCUGUGCCCUUGAGCAAGGCAUUUAACCCUAAUUGCUCCAAGGUCGCCGUUGAUAAUGGCAGACCCUGGCCAUGCCCCCACUCUCCAAGGGUGUCUCAGGGAGAGUGGGAUAUGCAAAAAAACACAUUUCCAAUUCACACAUGUAUUAAUACACACUGUACAUGUGUGGAAUAGGACAAAUAUAAGCACCCACAUUAUUAUUAUCAAUCUACUUUCCCAGGUAUAAUGCCCCAUUCAAGCCUUCCAUCCAGCAGUGGGUGCUGAAGCUGUCUAAUACCACUGAGGUCAUAGAGAAAUGGCUGACGGUUCAGAAUCUGUGGAUCUACCUGGAGGCCGUAUUUGUCGGAGGGGAUAUCGCUAAGCAGCUGCCUCAGGUUUGACCAAACUGAACCAUGCUCUGUUUACCUGUUGAUUCACUAUUGUUUAACUUGAAUGUGGAUUCAAUUUCAAUUUAGUGUGGAUUCCAGGCUACUCAAGUAAGUAUAUGGCCACUAAAUUUGUCCCAUAUAGGAAGCCAAGAGGUUCCAGAACAUCGACAAGUCCUGGCAGAAGAUCAUGCAGCGUGCCCACGAGGUGACAGGUGUGGUGCAGUGCUGUGUGGGGGACGAGACCCUCAGCCAGCUGUUGCCCCAUCUUCUGGAGCAGCUGGAGGUGUGUCAGAAGUCUCUGAGCGGCUACCUGGAGAAGAAGAGGCUGGUGUUCCCUCGGUUCUUCUUUGUCUCCGACCCUGCUCUACUGGAGGUCCUGGGACAGGCCUCGGACUCCCACACCAUACAGGUACUGGACUGAUGUUAGGGCAACAUAUUUUUUUCUACUGUUUCUCCAUGUCUGGUAUGGCCAUAGUUACCAUAGAUGCACUACCAUGCCAAAAGUAUGUGGACCUCUGCUUGUUGAACAUCUCAUUCCAAAAUCAUGGGCAUUAAUAUGGACUUGGUCCCCCCUUUGCUGAUGUAACAGCCUCCACUCUUCUGGGAAGGCUUUCCACUAGAUGAUGGAACAUUGCUGUGGGGACUUGCUUCCAUCCAGCCACAAUAGCAUUAGUGAGGUCGGGCACUAAUGUUGGGCGAUUAGGUCUGGCUCGCAGUCGGCGUUCCAAUUCGUCCCAAUGGUGUUCGAUGGGGUUGAGGUCAGGGCUCUGUGCUGGCAAGUCAAGUUUUUCCACACCGAUCUCCCAAAAAAAAAUUCUGUAUGGACCUCACUCUGUGCAUUGUCAUGCUGAAACAGGAAAGGGCCUUCCCCAAACUGUUGCCACUAAGUUGGAAGCACAGAAUCGUCUAGAAUGUAAUUGUAUGCUGUAGCAUUACGAUUUCCCUUCACUGGAACUAAGGGACCUAGCCCGAACCAUGAAAAACAGCCCCAGACCAUUAUUCCUCCUCCAACACACUUUAAAGUUGGCACUAUGCAUUGGGGCAGGUAGCGUUCUCCUGGCAUCUGCCAAACCCAGAUUCGGCCGUCAGACUGCCAGAUGGUGAACCGUGAUUCAUCACUCCAAAGAACGCGUUUCCACUGCUCCAGAGUCCAAUGGCGGCGAGCUUUACACUACUCCAGCCAACGCUUGGCAUUGCGCGUGUGUGAACGUCACUGAGCUCUUCAGUACAGGCCAUUCUUCUGCCAAUGUUUGUCUAUGGAGAUUGUAUGGUUGUGUGCUCGAUUUUAUACAACUGUCAGCAACGGGUGUAGCUGAAAUAGCCGAAUCCACUAAUUUGAAGGUGUGUCCACAUACUUUUGGCCAUGUGGUGUAUAUGUAUUAAUUGCUUGGUGUUUUAACUAUUGUCUCAAUGUGUAACUGUGCAUUCUGCAUGAUGUCUUUUUGACUGCAAUCAAACUCAAUGAAAUGUGAAGUUCUAUAAUUUGUCGUUAUCACAAAUGAUACCUCUGUAACAUGGUAUCUUGUCUUCUCCUUUGGGUACAGGCUCAUCUGCUGAGUCUUUUCGACAAUGUGAACUGUGUGGUUUUCCAUGAGAAGAACUAUGACCAGAUCCUAAGCUUCCAGUCCCAGGAGGGAGAGACAGUAGAUUUAUCCGAACCUGUUUUGGCUCAGGUACACUUAACCUACUGUACACACUGCUGAGUUGAAGGCAAUGCUCCUCAAUGCUGGACUCACAUUUAGCAUUGGUGUUCGAAUACGUUUCAAUACAAAAUGAAAGUUUCUUAUACCCAUAAUAAAAAACCAUUCUGCUUUGAUUCCUGAUCAUCCAUCUGUUUCAUAUGUUUACUGUUAGACUUAUCAUGAGGCCCAGAUCCAGUACUAAACAUUGUCCUCUGAUGGUGUCCGAUAGGGAAAUGUGGAAGCCUGGCUGGGGCUCUUGCUGGACAGAGUGAGGAAGACCAUCCAUUGCAUUAUCCGGCAGGCUCACAUGUCCAUCAGUGACGCAGGACUAAAGCUGAUGGAGUUCCAGUCUGUGUUCCCAGCCCAGGUGGGUCUGCUGGGCAUCCAGAUGAUCUGGACCAGGGAUGCAGAGGAAGCCCUGAGGCUCAGCAAGGGAGACAAAAAGGUAACAAUCUGUAUACUGUAUACUAUAUACUGUAGAAUGUGGUUAUACUGUACCUGAAAAGGGAAUAUUCACCUCUAGACAAGAAGUAGCUUUAUUUAUAAAAUGUGAUUGUGUAGAUACAUUGUUGAAUAAUCUCUUUUGUGUCUUCUUCUUACUUCUUGACUUGAUGGCACAGAUCAUGCAAACUACCAAUCAGAAAUUCGGGGAUAUCCUGAAUGAGCUGAUUGAUAUGACCACUCGAGACUUGAGCAGGAACGAACGCACCAAGUACGAGACUCUGAUCACCAUCCAUGUGCAUCAGAAAGACAUAUUCGACGACCUGGUAAGCAUUCCUUUUUUCAGUUUUUCAAAGAACCCUACACAUUUUUGAGAGGACCUUUCCCCAACCACAUACAAGCUGAUUAAUUAAUUAUCUUAGAAGCCUUAUAGUAUUUUUUGCAAAAGCCCCGCAAUAGUAAGAUAUGGAAUACCAUCUCUUUUUUUUUUUUUUACUGAAUACCAAAUUCACUGCAACAUUUAUACAACCUCUUCUUCAGUAAGAAAGGAGUCAAAUGUUUCAUUAACAACCUCUAGAAUAUCCAUUGGGCAUUUCAUAAGGUAUCUUAUAAGGCUUUGCAUGAGUCUCCAUCAGGUUAGACUAUAUAAAACUAAUCCAUGACUAAAUCCACAUCCCAAUAUCACUCAGGUGCGAAUGAACAUCCGAUCGACAUCAGACUUUGAGUGGCAGAAGCAAUCCCGCUUCUACUUCAUCGAGGACAAGGACAGAUGUAUAAUCCAGAUCACUGACGUGGAGUUUGGCUACUGCAACGAGUAUCUGGGCUGUACCGACAGACUGGUCAUCACCCCUCUCACUGACAGGUCAUUAACAAUUACACUAAUGUUGUUUAAUCUACUCUGAAACUCCAUCUUGUAUUAUAGUGUUAUUGUUUUACUGGGACAUAUUAUGGGCAAAUUUCCCAAGUACAGAUUAAGUUUAGUGCUGGACAAAAAAGCAUAUUCCACGAUGAUUCAGGAUAAAUCUCUGGGAAACCAGCUCUAUGAUAUCUACUGUAAUCCAUACCGGUGCAGACAAUACGGCUGAAAAGAUCUUAUCCAAUUGCAACUAUGAGUUUUGUGCAACAACUAAGCUAUCAUCAGCACAAUGAUGACUGACAUGUUAGGUCUCCUCUUCUCUAGGUGUUACAUCACCCUGUCCCAAGCUCUGGGUAUGAGUAUGGGAGGGGCCCCGGCAGGGCCGGCUGGUACAGGUAAGACCGAGACCACCAAAGACAUGGGCCGUUGCCUGGGGAAGUAUGUUGUCGUCUUCAACUGCUCCGACCAGAUGGACUACAGAGGGCUAGGACGAAUCUAUAAAGGUAAUGAAGCUUGUCCAUAGGGAGAUAACAUGGAAAAGUCUCUGCCUUGACAAUUAAUCAAAGCUAAAUAUGAUCUGUCUAUACUCAUAAAACAUUGUUAUGAAUGUUGCUCUGACACACAUAAAGGGGUUAUGAGGGUUUUACAUAAUGUGUCACAAAGACAUAUGUACACUACGGGCCCUUUUAAAUGAAACAUUUUCCAAAAAUAACCACCAUACCAUAAGGAAUUAUGCAGAGUACAUAAAAGGUAUAAACGGAGAGUAAACGUUGUCUGCAGGUUUGGCUCAGUCAGGAGCAUGGGGCUGCUUCGAUGAGUUCAACCGCAUCGAGCUCCCUGUCCUGUCAGUAGCAGCCCAGCAGAUAUAUAUAGUGUUGCAAUCCAAAAAGAACAAGAAGACACAGUUUAUCUUCACGGACGGGGACUUGGUGGAAAUGGACAGAGAGUUUGGCAUCUUCCUAACCAUGGUGAGAAAAUAGCACAUUUCACAUUUUCACUAACAUUGUGCCACGUGCAUGCAAGGUUCAAAUACCAACUGUGAAAGGAAGAUUUACUAGAUAUUAUUUAGUAUGGUUUACAUUUUAAGACAGCCUCAAACCUCAUGCCUCACACCUCAUCCCUCAAACCUCAUCCCUCAACCCUCAUCCCUCAAACCUCAUCCCUUCUUGAGUAAAUUGUCAAUGUUAUGGCUCCUAUUAUCCCUGUUCUACUGUUCUUCUCAAACGGUAGAACCCUGGAUAUGCUGGCCGCCAGGAGCUUCCAGAGAACCUGAAGAUCCAGUUCCGUACGGUGGCCAUGAUGGUUCCAGACAGAGCCAUCAUCAUGAGGGUGAAGUUAGCCAGCGCCGGUUUCCGUGACAACCAAGUCCUCAGCCGCAAGUUCUACACCCUGUACAAGCUGUGUGAAGAGCAGCUCUCCAAGCAGGUAACAUCAAGGUCAAAAGGUCACAGUAGCAUCAUACACAGUACACACUUGUAAUCAUUCUCAUCAAGAAUUUGGUCACCAGUCAAAUUGAUUAUAAAUGUCUCCUCUCACAUUCUCUUCAAGGUCCACUAUGACUUUGGGCUAAGGAACAUAUUGUCAGUGUUGAGGACACUGGGUUCAGUGAAGAGGUCCAACCCCACUGAGCCAGAGAAAACGGUAGUGAUGCGGGUGCUGCGCGACAUGAACCUCUCCAAACUGGUAAAGUCCAUUUUUCUUCUACCCUACAAUCCAAGUGGUACUUAACUUUUAUUCUUCACCUGAAACUAAAAGUAUCUGCAUUUGCUUUUAUGAAUUCACAUUAAAUUAUUUUUAUGGUAAAACAAAUAAACAAAAUCGCUAUGUCUCUGACCAGGUGGAUGAGGAUGAGCCUCUGUUCAUGAGCCUGAUCAACGACCUGUUCCCUGGGAUCAUUCUGGACAAGGCAGGCUACCCCGACCUGGAGGCUGCCAUCCACACCCAGACCCAUCAGGCUGGCCUCAUCCCUCACCAGCCAUGGGUCCUCAAACUGGUGCAGCUCUACGAGACCCAGCGGGUUCGCCACGGUCAGUCAACGUGCACUGGAACCUUCUGUUUUAAAGCUGUAAUGGAGAAGGUUUGGUGUUCGCCACGGUCAGUCAACGUGCACUGGAACCUUCUGUUUUAAAGCUGUAAUGGAGAUGGUUUGGUGUUCACCACGGUCAGUCAACAUGCACUGGAACCUUCUGUUUUAAAGCUGUAAUGGAGAUGGUUUGGUGUUCACCACGGUCAGUCAACGUGCACUGGAACCUUCUGUUUUAAAGCUGUAAUGGAGAUGGUUUGGUGUUCACCACGGUCAGUCAACAUGCACUGGAACCUUCUGUUUUAAAGCUGUAAUGGAGAUGGUUUGGUGUUCACCACGGUCAGUCAACGUGCACUGGAACCUUCUGUUUUAAAGCUGUAAUGGAGAUGGUUUGGUGUUCACCACGGUCAGUCAACGUGCACUGGAACCUUCUGUUUUAAAGCUGUAAUGGAGAAGGUUUGGUGUUCGCCACGGUCAGUCAACGUGCACUGGAACCUUCUGUUUUAAAGCUGUAAUGGAGAUGGUUUGGUGUUCACCACGGUCAGUCAACGUGAAUUGGAACCUUCUGUUUUAAAGCUGUAAUGGAGAAGGUUUGGUGUUCACCACGGUCAGUCAACGUGCACUGGAACCUUCUGUUUUAAAGCUGUAAUGGCGAUGGUUUGGUGUUCACCACGGUCAGUCAACGUGCACUGGAACCUUCUGUUUUAAAGCUGUAAUGGAGAUGGUUUGGUGUUCACCACGGUCAGUCAACGUGAAUUGGAACCUUCUGUUUUAAAGCUGUAAUGGAGAAGGUUUGGUGUUCGCCACGGUCAGUCAACGUGCACUGGAACCUUCUGUUUUAAAGCUGUAAUGGCGAUGGUUUGGUGUUCACCACGGUCAGUGAUCCUUCACUACAGGGUUCGGCAACUCCGGUCCUGGAGGGCCAAAAACAUUCUACUUUUUUCUUCUUCUACCAGGUAGUUAAUUGCACUCACCUGGUGUCCCGGGUCUAAAUCAGUCUCUGAUUAGGAGGAAAUAAUAAAAGCCAGGCAUUUUAUGGUCCUCCCGGACUGGAGCUGGCUAUCCCUACAAUACCACAGCCCUCUAUUGUAAAGCAUGCAUCAGACAAGUGCAUGUCAUAACACGUGCCAUAAGCUGUUAUAGCAGGUGGUGCAAACUAGUGUGAACCGUUUGCUCUACACACUGAUAUUCCUCUGCAGGCCACAGCCUCUUCUCUUUCUCUCAUUCUGUGUUGAUCUCAAUCUCUCGCCUGUAGGUAUGAUGACGCUAGGCCCCAGCGGAGCUGGGAAGACCACGUGCAUCCACACACUGAUGAGGGCCAUGUCGGACUGUGGCACCCCUCACCGAGAGAUGAGGAUGAACCCCAAGGCCAUUACUGCAUCCCAGAUGUUUGGUACCCUGGAUGUGGCCACCAACGACUGGACUGAUGGGGUCUUCUCAACCCUGUGGAGGAAAACGCUCAAAGCCAAGAAGGUCAGCAAGGUCAAUAGAGUUGGGAUGGAAGGGUAGUGCCUUCGGUAGGCUGGACUAGUUACAGUAAGCUCCAAAAGUAUUGGGACAGUGACACAUUGUUUGCUGUUUUGGCUCUGUACUCCAGCACUUUGGGUUUGAAAUGAUACAAUGACUAUGAGGGUAAAGUGCAGACGGUCAGCUUUAAUUUUAGGGUAUUUUCAUCCACAUCGGGUGAACCGUUUAGAAAUUAAAGCACUUUUUGUUCAUAGUCCUCCCAUUUUAGGGGACCAAAAGUAUUGGGACAAAUUUACUUCUGUGUAUUAAAGUAGUCAAAAGUUAUGUAUUUGGUCCCAUAUUUAUAGCACGCAAUGAGUACAUCAAGCUUGUGACUCUACAAAUAUUUUGGAUACAUUUGCUGUUUGUUUUGUUUGGCUUUCAGAUUAUUUUGUGCCCAAUAGAAAUGAAUGGUACAUAAUGUAUUGUCUCAUUUUGGAGUCACUUUUAUUGUAAAUAAGAAUAGAAUAUGUUUCUAAACAGUUCUACAUUAAUGUGGAUGCUACCAUGAUUAUAGAUAAUCCUGAAUGAACUGUGAAUAAUGAUGAGUGAUGCACAAAUGUGUCACUGUCCCAAUACUUUUGGUGCUCACUGUAGUUAGGUGUACUGGGAAGUUAAAGGGGAAGUGCAGUCAAAAACGUGAUUUUCCUGUGUUUUAUAUAUAUAUAUGUCCACACUAUGAGCUUGGAAUAAUACAGUGAAAAUUAUGAUAAUGCCCUUUUAGUGUAAGAGCUGUUUGAAAAGACUGCCUGAAAUUUCAGCUUGUUUGCAUGGGUGGGGUUUUUGGACCGCCUGGUGAUGUCACCAAUAAGUUAAUAGACCAAUAACAAAGAGAGUUUGCCCUCCUCUGCCAAUAACAGCUAGUUUUCAGGUUACAUAUCCCUCCCAUUAGGCUCCUCCAAUUAGGCCCCUCACAAUGAGUUAUGAGUUAUGACUAUCUAAGCCAGACAGUUGUCAUACUAGUUCUCAUUUUUAUUCUAUUGAACUGUUUCUCUUCCCAAGGGGGAGCACAUCUGGAUCGUACUGGACGGCCCUGUGGACGCCAUCUGGAUUGAAAACCUCAACUCGGUCCUGGACGACAACAAGACCCUGACCCUGGCUAACGGCGACCGCAUCCCUAUGGCGCCUAACUGUAAGGUGGUGUUUGAGCCCCACAACAUCGACAACGCCUCCCCGGCCACAGUGUCCCGCAACGGCAUGGUAUUCAUGAGUUCCUCUGUGCUGGACUGGAAGCCUAUCCUUCAGGCCUGGCUCCACAGGGUGCCAUCACAGCAGGCAGAGGUGCUCCUGGGCUGCUUCCAUAGUGUUUUCCAGGUCUGUCUGAAUAUCAUACUGUACCUCCAUUCUCUUUCCCUACUGUAGGAUCAAACACAGAAAGAGGCACAAACACAUGCAGUAUGGAGGCAUACACAUACACACACACACACACUUUGCUGAUCUUUGUUCCCAUGAGAAUAAUCCUCUGUGGUCUUCCUGAAUCUGUGGAGUCUCUACCUUAUGCCCUGUACAGGAUUUGAUCAACUUUGUCUUCACUGCUGUGUCUCCCAAAAUGCCCACCCUGGAGUGUAUGUACAUCAAGCAGACCAUUGACCUUCUGCAGGUAAGCAGAAUAGCCACACUGAAUUCCUGUAAAAUUCAAAUGUUUUACCUAUUUAUUCUUAGAAAUAAACUGCUCAGAAAAAUAAAGGGAACACUUAAACAACACAAUGUAACUCCAAGUCAAUCACACUUCUGUGAAAUCGAACUGUCCACUUAGGAAGCAACACUGAUUGACAAUAAAUGUCACAUGCUGUUGUGCAAAUGGAAUAGACAACAGGUGGAAAUUAUAGGCAAUUAGCAAGACACCCCCAAUAAAGGACUGGUUUUGCAGGUGGUGACCACAGACCACUUCUCAGUUCCCAUGCUUCCUGGCUGAUGUUUUGGUCACUUUUGAAUGCUGCCGGUGCUUUCACUCUAGUGGUAGCAUGAGACGGAGUCUACAACCCACACAAGUGGCUCAGGUAGUGCAGCUCAUCCAGGAUGGCACAUCAAUGCGAGCUGUGGCAAGAAGGUUUGCUGUGUCUGUCAGCGUAGUGUCCAGAGCAUGGAGGCGCUACCAGGAGACAGGCCAGUACAUCAGGAGACGUGGAGGAGGCCGUAGGAGGGCAACAACCCAGCAGCAGGACUGCUACCUCCGCCUUUGUGCAAGGAGGAGCAGGAGGAGCACUGCCAGAGCCCUGCAAAAUGACCUCCAGCAGGCCACAAAUGUGCAUGUGUCUGCUCAAACGGUCAGAAACAGACUCCAUGAGGGUGGUAUGAGGGCCCGACGUCCACAGGUGGGGGUUGUGCUUACAGCCCAACACCGUGCAGGACGUUUGGCAUUUGCCACUGGUGCCCUGUGCUCUUCACAGAUGAAAGCAGGUUCACACUGAGCACGUGACAGACGUGACAGAGUCUGGAGACGCCGUGGAGAACGUUCUGCUGCCUGCAACAUCCUCCAGCAUGACCAGUUUUUCUUUGGGGGGCCGCACAGCCCUCCAUGUGCUCGCCAGAGUUAGCCUGACUGCCAUUAGGUACCGAGAUGAGCUCCUCAGACCCCUUGUGAGACCAUAUGCUGGUGCGGUUGGCCCUGGGUUCCUCCUAAUGCAAGACAAUGCUAGACCUCAUGUGACUGGAGUGUGUCAGCAGUUCCUGCAAGAGGAAGGCAUUGAUGCUAUGGACUGGCCCGCCCGUUCCCCAGACCUGAAUCCAAUUGAGCACAUCUGGGACAUCAUGUCUCGCUCCGAAUGCUUUAGUCCAGGUCUGGGAGGAGAUCCCUCAGGAGACCAUCCGCCACCUCAUCAGGAGCAUGCCCAGGCGUUGUAGGGAGGUCAUACAGGCACGUGGAGGCCACACACACUACUGAGCCUCAUUUUGACUUGUUUUAAGGACAUUACAUCAAAGUUGGAUCAGCCUGUAGUGUGGUUUUCCACUUUAAUUUUGAGGGUGACUCCAAAUCCAGACCUCCAUGGGUUGAUAAAUUUGAUUUCCAUUGAUAAUUUUUGUGUGAUUUUGUUGUCAGCACAUUCAACUAUGUAAAGAAAAAAGUAUUUAAUAAGAUUAUUUCAUUCAUUCAGAUCUAGGAUGUGUUAUAUUAGUGUUUCCUUUAUUUUUUUGAGCAGUGUAUAUGCAAUUUUAAUUAAACUGAACUAGUCAUAAUACCUCCCACAUUCUAUUAUGACAAUAACAUUGAAUUCAAUAGACAUGUCCACCCCAAUGGCUGAAAUGUUGAACAUAUCAAACGUACUUCAAAGGCAAAGCUCAAUGUGGAACCUUUUUCCAGGGUCUACUUCCUGCGGUGGAGGAGAAGCAGGCUCAGGGGGACUUAUCACGGCUCUUUGUGUUUGCUGUCAUGUGGUCAGUGGGGGCUCUGCUGGAGCUGGAGGACAGAUCCAAAAUGGAGGCCUUCUUACAGGCCCACCCUGCCACUCUGGACCUGCCCCAGACCCAAGGAGACCAGACCAUCUUUGAGUUCAUGGUCAAUGAACGUGGCCAGUGGGAGCACUGGUCCAAGAAGGUAUGGUUUGUGCUGUUGCUGUUAAUUGAUCAAGCAAUCACUCCACUAAUCCAUACUCUCUCUCUCUGCAUGAUGACGUCACCUCUAGGUGCCAGAGUACAAGUAUCCCACAGACUCUGUCCCGGACUACUCAUCUAUCCUGGUGCCCAACGUGGACAAUGUGAGGACAGACUUCCUGAUGCAGACCAUCAUGAAACAGGGCAAAGCUGUGCUGCUCAUCGGGGAACAGGGGACUGCCAAGACCGUCAUGAUCAAGGUCUGAGAUAUAGAUUUGUGAAUGUAGAUGUGGGUUUUAUCUAUGACCAUAAUACCUCUUUAUAGGAUCUCAAUCCUAGUUGUUCCAUUGCAGGGCUAUACCAGUAAGUUUGAUCCUGAAACUCACCUGAGCAAGAGCUUGAACUUCUCCUCGGCCACCCUGCCCAGUAUGUUCCAGAGGACCAUAGAGAGCUACAUUGACAAGAGGAUGGGCUCCACGUAUGGGCCGCCAGCAGGCAAGAAGAUGACUGUGUUUGUGGAUGACAUCAACAUGCCUGUUAUCAACGAGUGGGGUGACCAGGUUAGUGCCAUUUUGUAACAUGAAUCCAGAUGUUCAUUUUGAUCUUAGCUAACAACAUGAACCUGCCUUUAUUUACACUUUACCUAAAUAUUUUAUUAUUUAUCUUAAUAAAGUAUAAUCUCAUCUCCCUAUCUCUUGCACACAGAUAACCAAUGAGAUUGUGCGUCCAUCCAACAGAUAACCAAUAAGAUUGUGCGUCCAUCCAACAGAUAACCAAUGAGAUAGUGCGUCAGCUGAUGGAGCAGGGUGGUUUCUACAGCCUGGAGAGACCAGGGGAGUUCACCAGCGUGGUGGAUGUUCAGCUGGUGGCGGCCAUGAUCCACCCCGGGGGCGGGCGCAAUGACGUGCCCCAGCGCCUCAAGAGGCAGUUCAGCACCUUCAACUGCACUCUGCCCUCCAACUCCUCCAUCGACAAGAUCUUCCGCACCGUGGCGCAGGGCUACUUCUGCCCCGAGAGGGGCUUCCCUGAGGAGGUGUGCACCCUGGCCAGCACCCUGGUGCCCACCACUAGGAGGGUGUGGCAAGCUGUCAAAGCCAAGGUACAGUACUGUGACAUACCCAAUACAGCCAGAGGAGGAUGGAGGGAGUCUGGUUCCUCUUGAGAUUUAUUUCCUGUAGAGUUUUUCCUUGCCACUGUGCUUCUACUUGUGCUUUGGGGUUGUAGGCCGCCGGGUUGAAAAAAAAAGAAGGGAAAAAAAGAAUCCAUCCAUUUAUGUGUCAUCCCCAGAUGCUGCCCUCCCCAGCCAAGUUCCACUACAUCUUUAACCUGCGGGACCUCAGUCGUAUCUGGCAGGGUAUUCUCACGGUGAGGACCGAGGUGUGCCAGGGGCCAGAGGUGCUGGCAUCACUCUUCCAUCAUGAGUGUACCCGGGUCAUUGCUGACCGCUUCAUCGACCACAAGGACAGACAGAGCUUCGAGAGCAUGCUGGAGAAGGUGGGUGUGGAGUGUGAAUUCUGUUCAUAUAUCCUCUGUUAUGCAGUUUGAAUUGUUGUCCUGUUCUCAACAGGUGUUACUUUUUAAAAGAUGGACACGUAGUUAUGCAUUUGAAUAUCACAUUUUAUAAUUAUAUAUUUUCUUAAGUUGGCUUAGUUUUGUUAUAGGACACAAGUGUUUUCAUUUCAUAUUUACCUUGAAUAACACUAAAUCUUUCGCACUACAUUUCUGAAAACAUUUGUAUAUUUAAACAUCAAGCUUACUCGCAUAGUUAAACACAUUAUCAAACUGGUAAGUUACCAACCACAGAGAGCUGUCUCCUUUAGGUUACAGUGGAGGAGCAUGGAGAAGCCAUGAUAGAGCACCCCCAGUGGGAGGCCUACUUUGUGGACUUCCUAAAGGACGUCCCCGAGACCUCAGGGGAGGAGCCGGAAGACAUGGAGCUGGAGGCCCCUAAGGUCUAUGAGCCCAUCCCAUCCUUCCAGGCCCUGUCGGAGCGCCUCACCACGUUCCAACUGCAGUACAACGAGGCAGUCAGAGGCAGUGCCAUGGACCUGGUCUUCUUCAAGGUAAAAGCGAACUACAGUAUUACCCCUUUCACCCUGCCGAGCCAAGCAAUACCUCAGUGACCUGGUUACACUGUACAGUACGGUUCUGGUUGGCUUGACAGUGUAAAAAGGAUAACAGUGAAUUUAGCAUUAUAUUCUAAAGUAUCCCAUAUGAUGGGAUUUACUAGUUGGCAUACUCUCCUAUCUUCCGGUAGCUUCACCCAUUGUCAUUAUUAGAGGGCGGCAGGUAGCUUAGUGGUUAAGAGCGUUGUGCCAGUAACCGAAAGGUCGCUGGUUCUAAUCCCGAGCCGACUAGGUGAAAAAUCUGUCGAUGUGCCCUUGAGCAAGGCACUUAACCCUAAUUGCUCCUGUAAGUCGCUCUGGAUAAGAGCGUCUGCUAAAUGACCAAUUAUUAUUAUUUAUAAUUAUAUUAUUGACUGACACGUUAGUACACAGAAAUACACUACCAUGUUGUCACUCAACAACAUAUAGUAAUAUCCUGCAGUAGCUCUGUAUUCCUAUUGGCUGACGCUCCUUCUCUUUGUCGCCGGGCAGGAUGCCAUGAUCCACCUGAUGAAGAUCAGUCGUAUCGUCCGCACCCCUCAGGGGAAUGCCCUCCUGGUGGGGGUGGGGGGCUCAGGGAAGCAGAGCCUCACCCGCCUGGCUUCCUUCAUCGCUGGAUACCAGAGCUUUCAAAUCAUCCUGACCAGGUUGGCCUUCUAGAUACUAGCCUAAUCAUCAUCAUAAAGACACCCAAACCCUAAUCAUCAUCAUCAUCAUCAUCAUAAAGACAUCCUAACCAGUGGUUCCCAACCCUGGUCCGGGUCCUGUUGAUCUGUAUUCAGUUACAGACAGAUUGGGUUAAUACUCACAUAAUUAAUCACAGGUAAAUUAAUUGAUAAUCACAGAUCUAAAUAGAUCAGUGGAGCAUGCGGUAAACCGUGCACCUUUUUGAUAGGCUAAUUAAAGUACCAUAGUAGAUUUUAGAAGAUGAAAUAGUGGAUUACCAUUUGGUGUAGCUCAAUUGGUAGAGCAUGGCGCUUGCAACACCAGGGUUGUGGGUUCGAUUCCCACGGGGGGCCAGUAUGAAAAAAGAAAUGUAUGCACUCACUAACUGUAAUUCGCUCUGGAUAAGAGUGUCUGCUAAAUGACUAAAAUUUAAAAUGUAAUUGAAUCUUGUUAACUGGAGUUGGUGUGAAGAAAAUCCUGUUUAUCUUGUCUCAUUCAUUCGACAGGACGUACAACACCAGCAACCUCAUGGAGGACCUGAAGUCUUUGUACCGCAUCGCCGGACAGCAGGGCAAAGGAGUCACCUUCAUCUUCACCGACAACGACAUCAAGGAGGAGUCUUUCCUGGAGUACAUGAACAACGUGCUGGCCUCGGGCGAGGUCUCCAACCUGUUCGCCCGUGACGAAGUCGAUGAAAUCACCCAGGACCUCAUCCCAGCCAUGAAACGCGAGCACCCUCGCCGCCCACCCACUGCUGAAAACCUCUACGACUACUUCCUGUCGCGAGUGAGGAGCAACCUGCACGUGGUGUUGUGCUUCUCGCCGGUGGGGGAGAAGUUCCGAACAAGAGCCCUCAAGUUCCCAGGUCUGAUAUCGGGCUGUACUAUUGACUGGUUCCAGCGUUGGCCACGGGACGCACUAGUGGCAGUCGCACAUCACUUCCUGUCCCAGUAUACGUUCCAAUGCUCUGAAGACGUUAAGCAGAGUGUAGUCCACACCAUGGGGACCUUUCAGGACCUGGUGGCCGAGAAGUGCACAGAGUACUUUGAGCGGUUCCGCCGCCAGACCUACGUCACGCCCAAGUCCUACCUGUCCUUCAUUGACGGCUAUAAGAUCAUCUACUCAGAGAAGAUCGCUCAUGUGGGCAUGCUUGCUGAGCGCAUGAAAACAGGUAAGGUAAAACUAUUCAAAAACAAAUAUAUGUGUGAUGUUUUAUUGUCACAUACACCGGCUAGGUGCAGUGAAAUGUGUUGUUUUACAGGGACAGCCAUAGUACUACGUUGCCAUUGGAGCAAAGCCGAAGACAUUGUAGCAACUGCAUUGUUGCACUUUUUGCAUUGACAGAGAGUAUUCAUUUCUUAUAAGUGAACGGCUAUAACGUCUUGUUUAUCACCAUUUAAAGUUAUUUUUCAUCACCUGACACAAUCUCACUCUCCCCAGGCCUGGCCAAGCUGAUGGAGGCAGAGCAGUCUGUGAGUCAGCUGUCCAAGGAGCUGGUUGUUAAGGAACAGGAGCUGGAGGUGGCCUCCAAGAAGGCUGACGGGGUCCUGCAGGAGGUAACAGUCAAGGCCCAGGCGGCCGAGAAGGUCAAGAUGCAGGUUCAGAAAGUGAAGGACAAGGCUCAGGUCAUCGUGGACGAGAUUGAAGCUGAUAAAAAAGUGGCUGAGAGGAAGCUAGAGGCGGCCAAGCCUGCGCUAGCAGCCGCAGAGGCCGCGUUGCAGGUGAGAAUGGGAUUUGGUUGACUGUUGAGUUAGAAUUUUCUGUACAUCAUAUCAGUACAGUAAUGAUCCCGCACCAUUAGUGGAUGAAUGAUCCCGCACCAUUAGUACAGUAGUGAUCCCGCACCAUUAGUACAGUAAUGAUCCUGCACCAUUAGUACAGUAAUGAUCCCGCACCAUUAGUACAGUAGUGAUCCCGCACCAUUAGUACAGUAGUGAUCCCGCACCAUUAGUACAGUAGUGAUCCCGCACCAUUAGUACAGUAGUGAUCCCGCACCAUUAGUACAGUAGUGAUCCCACACCAUUAGUACAGUAGUGAUCCCGCACCAUUAGUACAGUAAUGAUCCCGCACCAUUAGUACAGUAGUGAUCCCACACCAUUAGUACAGUAGUGAUCCCGCACCAUUAGUACAGUAGUGAUCCCGCACCAUUAGUACAGUAGUGAUCCUGCACCAUUAGUACAGUAAUGAUCAUGCACCAUUAGUACAGUAGUGAUCCCGCACCAUUAGUACAGUAAUGAUCCCGCACCAUUAUGGGGCCACCAACCCCAAGCUAACAGAGUGUCAAAUAAAAUCUGCUAUAUGAAAUGUCAUGCUUCAGAAAGUGACUAAAAUGAAAGCCAUUUGAAAAGGGAAAUCAGAAUAUUUUUUUCUAUGUCCUGUUUUCCCCAGACCAUCAAGCCUGCGGACAUCGCCACAGUGAGGAAACUGGGCAAGCCCCCACACCUGAUCAUGCGCAUCAUGGACGCCGUGCUGCUGCUGUUCCAGCGCAGGGUGGACCCUGUCACCCAGGACCCAGAGAGACCCUGCCCCCGGCCCUCCUGGAGUGAGGCCCUCAAACUAAUGCAGCAGUCUGGCUUCGUCAGCAUGCUGGUCAACUUCAGCAAGGUAAGCCAUACUGAAGGGGGAAGAGGUUUCAAGAUGUAUGGACAUAUUUAAUCGGUCUCAAAUGAUCAAAUCCGCCUUGUCCAAGUGUAUUCUCAAGGGAUUAUAAAGUCUUAAGACUUCACAUAGACUUACACCAACUAUAUAGGCUCGAUAUAACCAGCCAUUUUCCUUUCCAUGCAAAGCUUUAGCUGGGAAUUUUCAGCUAUGCGGAACAAGGACCCAAUCUUUAACGUCUGCCUUGAACAGUAUGGCCAGAGUCAUAUAUACUGUAUCUACAGAUGGAGGAUCUUAAUUUGAGCCAGUUUGCUACUGCAGAAAAAGAAUCCUGCAAAAACAGGAAAUGUGAAUUAUUAUGUGGAUUAUAAUUAAUGGACAUUUUUGUAGGGGUUGAAAAAAAAUUUGUCAGGGGAAAAUCAAGUCUGAAAUGUCAAAGUGGAAAUUACAAACUUCAGAAGCCUUUUUAAACCUCAAAUACACUGCGUUGUAGGAAAGUUCUACUGCAAAAAGGUAAUCAAAUUAAGAUUCUACAUCUGAAUAUGGAACUGGGUAUGACGUCUGAGACGUGCUAACCCUAUGAUGACUCUCUUUCUAAAAUGUCUCACCUACAGUAUAGCUAACAGGUUUCAAAGUAAAGCCCCUUCUCGGAUCAUUACUAGCCUAGGCUAUAAAUACAACUCUGUCAUUCACUGUCUAUCAAUAUUUGUGGCUUCAAUACAGCACUUUCAUUCACUGUCUAUCAGUAUUUGUGGCUUCAAUACAGCACUUUCAUUCACUGUCUAUCAGUAUUUGUGGCUUCAAUACAGCACUUUCAUUCACUGUCUAUAGCAGCUCUAGAGUUUCUUCCCUAACUGUCUGCACUCAUCACACACACACACACACACACACACACACACACACACACACACACUCUUACUUAGGAGGGGAUUAGGAAAUCUGUCCAGGCAGUGAAAUAUGGACGCCAUGGGAAAGCCCCCGCAUAGUGACUGUGUGGCAGUGUGAAAUAGAAACAGAGGUGCCAGUGAAGUCAAGGAACCUGAUAUCACAGCCCUUUGUCCCAUCAACACUCAGCGAAACAUUGUGUUUUUUGAGUUGUGAAACAGCAUGCAGUCUGAUAUGACUGACUGACCUUCCUCUGUCCAAUCUGUCAUGAGCCUUUUAACAGAUGUUUAUCAAAUGAACGUCUUUAUAUUAGACCAGGGCUAUUCAACUACCGGCCCUCAUGGGCUGAAGCAGAUUGAUAGAUUGAUCAAUGUAACUGAUUGGCCAAUGUCACUGAUUGGCCAGAUAGCCCACUCACCUGGUGUCCCUGAUUAAAAAGAGAGACAGUACAUCAGAAUUACAGUAUUUCUGUCCUCCUGGCCCGAAGUUGAAUAUCCCUGUAUUAGAACAUGUAAUUUCAACAUAAUGGAUGUCAGCUUCCAGUUUUCUGUACUUUCCAUUACGACUUAUGCCCCCACAUCACUUUCAAUGCAUUUGUUUACUCUUGUACUCUCACUUCACCAGGAUUCUAUCACUGAGGAGGUAGUGGAGCUGUUGGCACCGUACCUGGAUAUGGAGGACUACAACCUGGAGGCAGCCAAGAGGAUCUGUGGUAACGUGGCUGGCCUCUGCUCCUGGACUGAAGCUAUGAAGGACUUCUUUUCUAUUAACAAAGAGGUCCUCCCUUUGAAGGUACCCUACUCUACAACCAUGGACCCUUGUUUGAAGGGAAUAAACUGUAUAUUUAUGUACCAAAAGUAGGUUGAGAAAGAUUUUACCCUGGUCUUUAACACUGUGUUGGCCCGCUGACCCAAAGCCUAGGCAUUAGUUCAGGGAGCUAACGCAAUUAUGUAAUUCUCAGAGAAAGUGACUCAUCAUGCAAGCUUGUUUUUAUUGGUUCACAGGACCACUUCCAUUACACUUCACCCCCCUUGACUGGCUGGGUACAAACCCGGGUCUUCUGCGCACUACAAGUCUGUGUUAGCCCGCUGAGUUACAUACAGCAUAGUCAUUAGCUCAGGGAGCUAACGCAAGUCCUCAAGUCUCAAACAAGGUUACUCACCUAACCAAUUCCUUUAAACGUGUCCAUAGGCCAACCUGACCCUGCAGGAGGCCCGACUAGGCGUCGCCCAGGGGGAGUUAUCCCGGGCACAGGAGCAGCUGGACGCUAAGCAACGGGAGUUGGAUGAGGUGCAGGCGCUCUACGACGCCGCCAUGAGGGAGAAGCAGACCCUAAUGGACGACGCCACGGCCUGCCGGCGCAAGAUGGCCAACGCCACCGCACUCAUCGACGGGCUUGGUGGUGAGAAGGUGAGGCCUCUAACUAUCACUGUCAUGCCAUAUGGCUGGUGACAUCUCCAUGCAUCUAUCUUGUUGUGUUUGUCUGUCAGAUCCGCUGGACCCAGAGCAGCGCCCUAUUCCAGACUCAGAUCAGACACCUGGUUGGGGACGUGUUGCUGGCUACUGGCUUCCUGUCCUACGCUGGUCCCUUUAACCAGGAAUACCGCAACCUACUGCUGCAGCUCUGGAGGAAGGAGAUGAGCACCCACCACAUCCCCUACAGUGAUGUAAGACUCAGCCACACUCUUUACUGUUCUUGUCCCAUUUGUCCAUAUAGACUUAACUUUGUAACAAUGAUGCUAGUACAUAGUCACUACAUUUGAUAUUAUUAUUGGACAAAAUUAUCACAUUGAGCUGAUUAGUUGUGCUGUCUUAGACCAUACUGGAAUUGACCAUGAAUUGACCAUGAAUUGACCAUGACCGCUGUAGGAGCUGAAUGUGAUCAGCAUGCUGGUGGACAAUGCCACUGUGGGGGAGUGGAACCUUCAGGGCCUACCCAACGACGACCUGUCCAUCCAGAACGGCAUUAUCGUCACCAAGGCCUCACGCUACCCCCUCCUCAUCGACCCACAAGGCCAGGGAAAGAUCUGGAUCAAGAACCGCGAGAAGGACAGGGAGCUAGAGGUAACGAUGACUGAGUAGCUACAGCUAUCUCACCCAUAAAACGUUAGUCGGUAUGAGAUAAACAUCUGGAGAAACAGACGUCAUUCCUUUCAUUGAUAUUCACUUGACCCUACCUGUUUUGUAUUAAACAAUUCAAAUUAACCAUCAAGUGAACAUACGUUUUUAUUACUAUCUCUGUUACUGACUGUUUCAGGUGACAUCUUUGAACCACAAGUACUUCCGCUCCCACCUAGAGGACAGCAUGUCUCUGGGGCGCCCCCUACUGAUCGAGGACGUAGGAGAGGAGCUGGACCCUGCCCUGGACAACAUUCUAGAGAAGAACUUCAUCAAGUCUGGCUCCACGUAUAAAGUAAUAUGCUGCUUGUUGUCAUCAAUAUAGAUGUAUAGGGUAUGUGCUGUCUUGGAGUUAAAGGUCUUGGAGUUGUGUUUGUGCUUGCACAGCUGCUAGUUUGCAAAUACUAUUUGAUAGAUAAUUAUAAUAGUGCCUGGAAACCUGUAAUCGUUGCUCUCGUUUCCCCCCCCUUUCAUUUUAUUAAGCUCUAUGGGGGAAAUGAAUUUAAUUGUUUUUCAUAUUGGCUCCAAGUAGACCGUGCUAUGACAACAAGCCUCCGGCUCUCUAUUGCCUUUUCAUAGAGUAUCUCGUCUAACCCUCUGUUCCAUGUCCUGUCCCCAGGUGAAGGUAGGAGACAAAGAGGUGGAUGUGAUGAAGGAGUUCACCCUCUAUAUCACCACUAAGCUGGCUAACCCAGCCUACACCCCUGAGAUCAGUGCUAAGACUGCUGUGGUGGACUUCACUGUCACUCUCAAAGGCCUGGAGGACCAGCUGCUUGGUCGGGUCAUCCAAAUAGAGAAACAGGUACAGGGGUUCCAUAUGUAUACCUAUAUAGUACAUAACUGGGGUUGCCAUUCAUAUUGUUUGAGUAAAGCUAGUCAAAUAUAGCUGUCAUUCACACAGAGUUUAUACAGAGUUUAAAGAAAUACACUACCUACUUGCUCUUACAAGACAUGCUUAUUUCUCUGUCUCUCUGUCUGUGUGUGUUUGUUUCUCUCUCUCUCUCUCUCUUUCUCUCUCAGGAGUUGGAGUCGGAGCGUGUGAAGCUCUUGGAGGAAGUGACGUCCAACAAGAGGAAGAUGCAGGAGCUGGAGGAUAACCUCCUUUACAGACUGACCAGCACUGAGGGCUCUCUGGUGGAGGACGAGUCCCUUAUCGAGGUCCUGAGAGUCACCAAGACCACAGCAGAGGAGGUAUGUGUGUGUUUGGAUGUGUGUGGGGGCAGGUUAUAUGUGUGCCUCUCUUCAGGUCAAAUAUUGGAUUUAAUGCAAAAGUUCCAUAUCGGGGUAAAAUGCCACCUUUUCAUUGAUAUGGCCAAAUGUGCAUGAUUUCUUUCCAAUGAUGAAGUAUGAAAGAAAUUGAUGCAUGCAAGAGCAUAUUUUAUUUAUACAUUUUUAGAUAUACCUAUCUGCAUUUCAACUAUAUGUAUUUAUUUUUAUUUUCUCAGAUUUGUGGCACUGUAGUCCAACAUUGUACUUGAAUUGUUCCCAACAGGUGAGUGAGAAGCUAACGGUGGCAGCCGAGACCGAGGUGAAGAUCAACCUGGCCAGGGAGGAGUACCGUCUGGUGGCCACACGGGGCAGCAUCCUCUACUUCCUCAUAGUGGAGAUGAGCCUGGUCAACAUCAUGUACCAGACCUCCCUACGCCAGUUCCUGGGCAUCUUCGACUCAUCCAUGGAGAAAUCCACCAAGUCCCAGAUCACCUCUAAAAGGAUCCUCAACAUCAUUGAGUUCCUGACCUACCAGGCGUUUCGAUAUACAGCGAGAGGCCUGUAUGAGGAUCACAAGUUCCUCUUCACCCUGCUGCUGGCACUGAAGGUCGACCUGCAGGCCAGGAACAUCUCCCACAGCGACUUUCAAACCUUUAUCAAAGGUUCGGCACAUUACAUUCAUAUUUACCAUUACAACUUUCAGACCUUUAUCACGUUAACUAACGUUGGAUUGUUUCAGUACCUCCUGAUUUGUUAUGAAUGUGGCUGAUGUUUUCCCAGACAUCCAGCUUGGAAAUGACAUUGAUAGCUAAAUAGAGGACACCUUAUUUUUAUUUAUUUUUUCAUUUUUAUUGCUAUGUAGUAAGAUUUUCAGAACCUGCCAUAGAAGUAAUGAGUUGAUACAGUAGCACUCCAAUAACAGAAACUAGUUUUAUCCCUACCUGACUACUACCGUAUAUGGUUUAUGAUUAGGUUAUGAUAAGACUGACCACAUAACCUGGCCAGGAUAAACUGUGAGGCCUAACUGUAGUCUAGAGCCUAUAUUUUGCUGGUCAGCUAUCUAUGAUAUAAAAAAGACAAUUUCAACGUAACCCUUCAAUUAAUAUCAGUCGUUACUAAUCACAUAUACCUACACCUACUCAUUCAAGGGUUUUUCUUUAUUUUUACAAUUUUUUACAUUGUAGAAUAAUAGUGAAGACAUCAAAACUAUGAAAUAACACAUAUGGAAUCAUGUAGUAACCAAAACAGUGUUAAACAAAACAAAAUAUAUUUUAUAUUUGAGAUUCUUUAAAUAGCCACCCUUUGCCUUGAUGACAGCUUUGCACACUCUUGGCAUUCUCUCAACCAGCUUCAUGAGGUAGUCACCUGGAAUGCAUUUCAAUUAACAGGUGUGCCUUCUUAAAUGCUAUUUUGUGGAAUUUCUUUCCUUCUUAAUGCGUUUGAGCCAAUCAGUUGUGUUGUGACAAGGUAGGGGGGGGGGUAUACAGAAGAUAGCCCUAUUUGGUAAAAGACCAAGUCCAUAUUAUGGCAAGAACAGCUCAAAUAAGCAAAGAGAAACGACAGUCCAUCAUUACUUUAAGACAUGAAGGUCAGUCAAUCUGGAAAAUUUCAAGAACUUUGAAAGUUUCUUCAAGUGCAUUUAGAAAAACCAUCAUGCACUAUGAUGAAACUGGCUCUCAUGAGGACUGCGACAGGAAUGGAAGACCCAGAGUUACCUCUGCUGCAGAGGAUAAGUUCAUUAGAAUUACCAGCCUCAGAAAUUGCAGCCCAAAUAAAUGCUUCACAGAGUUCAAGUAACAGACACAUCUCAACAUCAACUGUUCAGAGGAGACUGUGUGAAUCAGGCCUUCAUGGUCGAAUUGCUGCAAAGAAACCACUACUAAAAGACACCAAUAAGAAGAAGAGACUUGCUUGGGCCAAGAAACACGAGCAAUGGACAUUAGACCGGUGGAAAUAUGUCCUUUGGUCUGGAGUCCAAAUUGGAGAUUUUUGGUUCCAACCGCUGUGUCAUUGUGAGACGCGGUGUGGGUGAACGGAUGAUCUCUGCAUGUGUAGUUCCCACCGUAAAACAUGGAGGAGGAGGUGUUAUGGUGUGGGGGUGCUUUGCUGGUGACACUGUCUGUGAUUUAUUUAGAAUUCAAGGCACACUUAACCAGCAUGGCUACCACAGCAUUCUGCAGCGACGUGCCAUCCCAUCUGGUUUGCGCUUAGUGGGACUAUCAUCAACAGGACAAUGACCCAACACACCUCCAGGCUGUGUAAAGGCUAUUUUACCACGAAGGAGAGUGAUGGAGUGCUGCAUCAGAUGACCUGGCCUCCACAAUCCCCCGACCUCAACCAAAUUGAGAUGGUUUGGGAUGAGUCGGACCGCAGAGUGAAGGAAAAGCAGCCAACAAGUGCUCAGCAUAUGUGGGAACUCCUUCAAGACUGUUGGAAAAGCAUUCCAGGUGAAGCUGGUUGAGAGAAUGCCAAGAGUGUGCAAAGCUGUCAUCAAGGCAAAGGGUGGCUAUUUGAAGAAUCUCAAAUAUAAAAUAUAUUUUGGUUUGUUUAACACUUUUUUGGUUACUACAUGAUUCCAUAUGUGUUAUUUCAUAGUUUUGAUGUCUUCUAUUAUUCUACAAUGUAGAAAAUAGUAAAAAUAAAGAGAAACCCUUAAAUGAGUAGGUGUUCUGAAACUUUUGACUGGUAGUGUAUAUCAAUUUGUUUCUUUUCACGACAAAAAGUAUGACAGCCAUAUGGGCCUCUCGAGUGGCGCAGCGGUCUAAGGCACCGCAGUGCUUGAGUCGUCACUACAGAUCCGGGUUCGAUCCCAGGCUGUGUCCCAGCCGGCCACGACCGGGAGACCCAUGAGGCGGAGCACAAUUGGCCCAGCGUCAUCCGGGUUAGGGGAGGGUUUGGCCGGCCGGGAUGUCCUUGUCCCAUCGUGCUCUAGCGACUCCUUGUGGCGGGCCGGGCACAUGCACGCUGACUUCGGUCGCCAGUUGUACAGUGUUUCCUCCAACACAUUGGUGCAUCUGGCUUCCGGGUUAAGCGAGCAGUGUGUCAAGAAGCAUUGCGGCUUGGCAGGGUCUGUGCAAAUACAAUAACACAUUUACCACAUGGCUCUCAACCUUCGCCUCUCCCGAGUCCGUACAGGAGUUGCAACGAUGGGACAAGACUGUAACUACCAAUUGGAUAUCACGAAAUUGGGGAGAAAAAGGUGUAAAAAAAAUGAAUGACACCCAUCACUUGGUUCUUAUCACCCAUGUAGGGUAGUGAUCUCAUACUGUGUCUCACAUGCGACUUGGCCCACCCACAAGGGGGGUAACUGAAUACCCCAGCCCUAGUUCAGCUUACAUCACACUGCUGACUGUAUGCAUCCAGAUCUAUUUUAGCCCUCUGAAUUCCCCCUCACACACCAAUGGCAUUAGGACUUUCUUUGACUCCUAUAAUGUACAUCAAGCUGUGUAUUUGGAAGAAGUCUUUGUUUGCUGUUAUUGUAUUUGCACAGUCCCCCGUGUGGCUCAGUUGGUAGAGCAUGGUGCUUACAACGCCAGGGUUGUGGGUUGGAUUCCCACGGGGGACCAGUAUGAAAAUGUAUGCACUCACUACUGUAUGUCGCUCUGGAUAAGAGCAUCUGCUAAAUGACUUAAAUGCAUACAGUACACAGUACCUCUUAUUUAUAACAUUGACUUGUUUUCAACCUUUACAGUAAAGAGAACUGUUAUCCGUCAUGCUUCCAUCUUAAAAUGAACCCAGUAUUCACUAAGCAAAGCCUCUGAGGUUUAAUGUGCUUCUUCACCCUCAGACCCCACUUAGAUUUGUGUAGUUCUCACUUUCUCUCUCUCUUACGUUUGUUGCCGUUAUUCAAUUAAAUCGUUAUUGACCCAUGAGUAAUAAGGAUAUUCACUGUGCAACCACGCAUUACAGAAGACACAUAUUUAGAACAUCAAAUGAGUGUAUAGUUACACAUAUGGAAUACAUCUCCUCCUCCCCUAGGAGGUGCAGCCCUGGACCUGAACUCUGUGGAGCCCAAGCCGCGGCGCUGGAUCCUGGACAUAACGUGGCUGAACCUGGUCCAGCUGUCCAGCGUGCACCCUUUCACCCAGCUGCUGACCCAGGUCACCCACAAUGACCGCUCUUGGAGGGCCUGGUUCGACGAGCCCGCCCCCGAGGAGGCCCCGGUGCCUGACGGGUACGACAGCAUGCUGGACACCUUCAGGAAGUUAUUGUUGAUCAGGAGCUGGUGCCCCGACCGGACCAUCGCCCAGGUGGGUGGGCCUAUCUGUUGUUAUUUAGGCCUCAUGUUCGAAUUGGGUCAGUGUCUGCUCAAUGAACAUUUCCUGUGUUAUCUGCAACAAUAGUUUUUUGUUUCAACAGAAGAAAUAGAUAACCGUGCAUUUUCAAGAUACUAGUUUCUAUUUACCCCUCGAAUAAAAUCCCCACGUACAGCAAAAGCUGUUGACCCAAAUCAACCCAAACGUUAUUAAUCAUUCCUUUAGUCUGGAUGGGGCCUUUUAAUAUUUUGAUGCAGUUACAGUGCCCCAGAAUUAAAGGUGGUAGGUAGUCUAGUGGUUAAGAGUGUUGGGCCAGAGACCGAAAGGUCGCUGGUUCAAUUCCCCGAGCCGACUCGGUGAAAAAUCUGUUGACGUUUCCUUCAGCAAGGCACUUAAUCCUAAUUGCUCCUGCAUGUCGCUCUGGGUAAGAGUGUUUGCUAAAUGACGUAAAUGUAAAAUAAACGUGCUGGCCUCAUACCUCUCACACCAAUCAAGGGCAAAUUAGCUAUAAAAAAAAUAACAUCUAAAUUAAGAUGCUUGCUGAGUGAUGUAAUUUGACAAGCUAAUUUACUUGGUAACCGUGGAAACUCUGGGGAAGCCGGUGAGAGAGAAAGGCACAGGUGUACUGUAAUCAUUUACAAAUGCGUACGUUACAGACAAGCAUCUGCCCUUUCAGUUCUGACUUGGGAGGGAACUAUAAAAAGCCUCUCUGAAAUGAGCGAACAGCUGGCUGCCCGCAAAGCCAGAGAUGACCCGUUCAAAUCCACCAUCUCUCCUUCGCAACCAAACUAUUGCCAAGUUACACAAACCAGACUGUGUAGGGUCGGUCCAAAUCCUUCAAACACUGAGUAAAUAUUAUGUUUGUCUGAAGAAACAAGACAAAGAACUGUUUGAUGGUACAAUGCAUAGUUUUGCAUCAGUAAACCACAGUGAAUACAUUUGAUCAUAAUUUUAUAUCAGCAAUAUGUAAUGGCUUUGAAAACAUUUCAACAAGUUCCGAAUGAAUAUGGCAUUAUGUAAGCAUGAACUCUAUUAAAAUGAAUAAGUAGGGUUAGGGUGUGGUACUUUCCAACCUUUUGUGAAAUGUCACACUUCUCCCCACUUUUGGACAGCCAGAGGAGCUAAGUCACUGAAUUCCCAUGUCAAAUCUGAUCUGAGGUCUCCACUUUAGAAAUGCUACCUACAUGUAUAUAAUAAGGGGAGGCAGCUGAUUACAUUUUGACACGCAUGACAGGUGGAAGCUGAGUUUGAGGCCCUUUGCCAAAGCUCUACUAAGCUAGGACUAUUCCACGUACCUACAGGGUGAUUCCAUGCCAGUGUAGCCCCAAAAUAAUGUUUGUAUCUCAGAUUGUUCUGGCAAUUCUCACAUAGAAACUUCAUAGGGAGGAAGGAUGUUUGACAUGCUUUUUACAUUUAUAUCACAAACCAUUUGUGAGAAAAUCAUGAUGAAAGUGGCCAUUUUAGGCCCUUUUAGACCUAAAAUGCCCUUUUCAGAUACCCAAAAUAUUUUCGGCCUACGCUGCCAUGGAAUCGCCCUACAUGCUCCUGGAAGUGAAGUGACACAGUUGGUGUGGCCGUGGUGAUAGUAAUGGCAAGGUUGUGGGUUUAAGUCCUGCAGGGAUCACAUACACUGAACACAAAUGUUAUGCACUCAAUGUACUAUACAUUGUCUCCCGAGUGGCGCAGUGGUCUAAGGCACUGCAUCGCAGUGCUAGCUGUGCCACUAGAGAUCCUGGUUCGAAUCCAGGCUCUGUCGUAGCCGGCCGCGACCGGGAGACCCAUGGGGCGGCGCACAAUUGGCCCAGCGUCGUCCAGGUUAGGGGAGGGAAUGGCCGGCAGGGAUGUAGCUCAGUUGGUAGAGCAUGGCGUUUGCAACGCCAGGGUUGUGGGUUCGAUUCCCAUGGGGGGCCAGUAUGAAAAAAAAAUAAAAAAUGUAUGCACUAACUGUAAGUCGCUCUGGAUAAGAGCGUCUGCUAAAUGACUAAAAUGUAAAUGUAAAUGUAUUGUGCUGUAAACAAACAUUUUCCACAUUCAAUUGAAAACUAAUGUUAAACUCAUGUUCUCCAGCCAUGUUUCUUAUCCUUUGGGAUACUUUGAAUACUACCUGUCUAUGUCUCUUCAGCCAACGCAUUUCCAAUCAUCUCUAUUAAUAGAACGCAUCUUAUAUACAGUACUGCGCUCUAUGCUCCUAGGCUGCAGAUCCUCUGUGCAACCUGUCAAUGAUUCUGCUUUAGGUUAUUGCUAUGUGAUCCGGAUAAAAUAAUUUCCCCAAUGGCCGUAUAAUUAUCACCCUGCAAUAUAAACUUUUCACAAAUAGAAAUAGGUGAAUUCAAACAUGUAGGUUUUUAUUUCAUAGUUCUCUGUCAUCUUAGAACCCAGGUUGAUCCACCAAAUGUUGCCUCUUCAAUAAUGUCAAAACGAAAACCUUGAAUAAAGCCAUAGAUUUAUCUAAAGCAUUACCCAAAGCUAAUGAAACGUUUCCAUGUUGAAAUUCCUCAGCUACAGUGGUAUAGCCUGUGUUCUCCACAUUAGCAGGUGAAUCCCUUAGUUUUUUGUUCCAGGCACGGCAUUACAUCGCUGAGUCGCUGGGGCCUAAGUACGCAGAGGGGGUCAUUCUGGACAUGGAGUCCAUGUGGGCGGAGAGUGACAAGAGGACUCCCAUGGUGUGCUUCCUGUCUAUGGGCUCCGAUCCCACAGAGAACAUAGAGAGGCUGGCCAAAGCAAAGGUAACUUUAGUGGCAAGUUUCCCAGACCUAGAUUAAGACUACUCCUGGACUAAAAAGUGUUAUGCAUCUGUUUUCUACUGUAUGCAUGUGACUGUUUUGCUGGUGUUGCGUCCGGUGUGUACCUGUAGGGAGCACCAUGCAGACCCAUCUCCAUGGGGCAGGGCCAGGAAGUGCACGCUCGCAGGUUAUUGGCCAACAGUAUGGCUGACGGAGGUUGGCUCCUCCUCCAGAACUGCCACCUGGGCCUGGACUUCCUGGACGAGCUGCUGGAGUCGGUCACCAACAACGAGAGCAUCCACGACGGUUGUAGGGUGUGGCUGACCACCGAGGUCCACCCCAAGUUCCCCAUCAACUUCCUGCAGUCGUCCAUCAAGUUCACCAAUGAGCCUCCUCAAGGUACAUGACACCACUUCUUCUGUGUUGACUUUCAGAAUCUGGAUUGAGUAACAUGGCAUAUACAGUAUCUUCCUAUUAUUAAUUUGUAUCAUACCAGAUGUGUGGUUUUAUGUUGUGUCCAGGUAUGAAAGCAGGGUUGAAAAGGACCUACAACAGUGUGACUCAGGAGAUGCUUGAGAUCACUAACCUGCCCCAGUGGAGACCUCUGUUAUACGCUGUGGCCUUCCUCCACACUACUGUUCAGGUCUGACUGAACAACAUUAUUUCAAACCCGAUUCAACCCCGUAUCAUAAUCCCAUAUCCCCAUAUCAUACCGCCAUAUCAUACCCCCAUAUCCCCAAUGGCUGUUGUUUCUCUAACAUUUUCAUCUUUCAUAUCAAUAAUACUCUUUCCAUCUACUGUUCCUGUUUUCCUUCCUUUUUAUCUGGUUCUUACCAGUACUCUGCCUCUGUAUUUCUCUGGUUCUUACCAGUACUCUGCCUCUGUAUUUCUCUGGUUCUUACUAGUACUCUGCCUCUGUAUUUCUCUGGUUCUUACCAGUACUCUGCCUCUGUAUUUCUCUGGUUCUUACCAGUACUCUGCCUCUGUAUUUCUCUGGUUCUUACCAGUACUCUGCCUCUGUAUUUCUCUGGUUCUUACCAGUACUCUGCCUCUGUAUUUCUCUGGUUCUUACCAGUACUCUGCCUCUGUAUUUCUCUGGUUCUUACCAGUACUCUGCCUCUGUAUUUCUCUGGUUCUUACCAGUACUCUGCCUCUGUAUUUCUCUGGUUCUUACCAGUACUCUGGUUUAUACAGUACUCUGCCUUGUAUUUCUCUGGUUCUUACCAGUACUCUGCCUCUGUAUUCUCUGGUUCUGCCAGUACCUGCCUCUGUAUUUCUCUGUUUACCAGUACUCUGCCUCUGUAUUCUCUGGUUCUUACCAGUACUCUGUCUCUGUAUUUCUGGUUCUUACCAGUACUCUGCCUCUGUAUUUCUCUGGUUCUACCAGUACUCGCCUCUGUAUUUCUUGGUUCUUACCAGUACUCUGCCUCUGUAUUUCUCUGGUUCUACCAGUACUCUGCCUCUGUAUUCUCUGGUUCUUACCAGUACUCUGCCUCUGUAUUCUCUGGUUUUACCAGUACUCUGCUCUGUAUUUUCUGGUUCUUACCAGUACUCUGCCUGUAUUUCUCUGGUUACCAGUACCUGCCUCGUAUGUCUCUGGUUCUUACCAGUACUCUGCCUCUGUAUUUCUCUGGUUCUUACCAGUACUCUGCCUCUGUAUUUCUCUGGUUCUUACCAGUACUCUGCCUCUGUAUUUCUCUGGUUCUUACCAGUACUCUGCCUCUGUAUUUCUCUGGUUCUUACUAGUACUCUGCCUCUGUACCUCUUUCUCCCCCCUGUGCAGGACAGGGAACCCUUUGAAAAUCAGUAGGUCUACUGUGAAACACUCAAGUUCUUUACAUUACAAUCUAUGCUUUAACAGUCCAGUUAUUACUGAUAAUUAUAUUUUACCCUGUGAAAAUAAAUGAAUGAAUGAAUGGAUGAACCAAUGAUGUCAAUCAAUCUAUCUAUCUAUCAAUCAAUCACGUGUGUUGGUUUUUCUCCAUGCAGGAGAGGCGUAAAUUUGGCCCCCUGGGCUGGAACAUCCCGUACGAGUUCAACCAGGCAGACUUCACCUCCAGCAUGCAGUUUGUCCAGAACCACCUGGAUGAGUUAGACGUCAAGCGUGGCGUCAACUGGAGCUGCCUGCGCUACAUGCUGGGCGAGGUCCAAUAUGGUGGCCGCGUCACAGACGACCUGGACAAACACCUUCUCAACACCUUCACCAGCGUGUGGUUCAGCGAGAGCAUGUUCGCUGACAAGUUCUGUUUCUACAAGGGUUAUACCAUACCCAAAGCCAAGAAUGUGCCGGAUUACCUGCUCCACAUUGAGACCCUGCCGCUGGUCGACUCGCCAGAGGUAAGAGGGGGGGGAGAGGUGACAUUGGUGCUACAUCGUCCUUUUCUGAUUGCAGUUAGCAGACGGUUCAUGUUAGACAGCUUUUGGUUCAUUUUGAAUAGGCCACUAUGAGAAUGGAGCAACGGACAUAUUUUGCUCUACUCAAACAUACAACACAUAUACUAAUCCCAGUUGUGUGACCGACAGGUAUUCGGUCUUCAUCCUAAUGCUGACAUUACGUACCAGACAAACAUGGCCAACGAGAUCCUGAGCACUAUCAUCAAUAUCCAACCCAAGGACAGUGGAGGAGGGGGAGGGGAGACCAGAGAGGCCACUGUCCAGAAAUUGGCCAAUGAGAUGCUGGACAAGCUGCCACCAGACUACGUUCCAUAUGAGGUAACCAACCAGAUAUGGACAAGGUCGAUAGUGUCAAUCAGGGGUUGGCGUCAGCAAAUGUUAUAUCUCUGUAAAGAUACCAUAUGUACCACAGAUCAACUGAACAACUACAUCAAUAAUAAGGUCCCCUCUACUUUGUGCUUCAGGUGAGAGCUCAUCUUCAGAAAAUGGGCCUUUUCCAGCCCAUGAACAUCUUUCUGCGGCAGGAGCUUGACCGCAUGCAGCGAAUCAUAGGCUGUGUACGGAGUACUCUCAGCGAUCUGAAACUGGCCAUCGAUGGUAAGUCUCUGAAAAACACAUACUGUAAAUGCAUACAGAGGUACUAUAAAAAAGAUCUGUAAUCUGUAAUAAAAACAACUUUCACACUGUACUGUGUAAGUAGCAUAGAAAUACAUAGCUAGUUAGCAACUUUUUAUCUACUCCAAAAUCUAACUAAGUGAGACCUUUGAGUCUGGUUUCAAUAGGUUUCAAGUCCCUGAACUAAACUAUCUACCAUUAGGGACCAUUAUCAUGUCAGAGGAUUUGAGGGAUGCCCUGGACAGCAUGUACGAUGCCCGCAUCCCCAAGCUGUGGCAGAAGAUCAGCUGGGACUCUGCAACGCUGGGCUUCUGGUUCACGGAGCUACUGGAGAGGAACCAGCAGUUUCAUACCUGGAUCUCCAGUGGACGGCCCCACCAGUUCUGGCUCACUGGCUUCUUCAACCCACAGGUGUGAUAUACUGCAAACGUACAAGCUCAGAGGUGGAGCAGAUGUGGCAGUCGCACCAAUGAAUAUCUGGUUACAGUAAUACGUGUGGAACUUGUACUGUUUAUGUAUUACCUGGGAAUAAUAUAUGUUACGUUAUUAUAUAAAUGUUAUGGUUUUAAAUAGUGUUCUUUUAAAGCACCUAGCAAAAAUUUAGAAUUUCCCUUUUAUCUGUGAUUUUCAAAGUCAUCCCAUGAUAAACUGUAUGUGGUUUGUCAUAGGGCUUUCUGACUGCCAUGAGGCAGGAGACCACGAGGAUGAACCUGGCCAAGGGCUGGGCUCUGGACACUGUCGUCCUGCACAACGAUGUCACCCGGAUGAUGAGGGAGGACGUCACUGCGCCGCCGCCAGACGACAUUGGCGGAGUCUACAUCUACGGACUCUUCCUGGACGGGGCAGGGUGGGACAGGAGAAACGCCAAACUCACAGAGUCGCCACCAAAGGUUAACAUGUAGCAUCAUCUCAUUUUCUACUUGGAAUAUUUAUACUCAUUAUUAAUAUUCGAUUCACAAAGAUCAAUGGUAAAAACUAACUUUGAUUGAACCAGACCUGGGUUCUGUCAACAACAAGAAAUGUAUACGAUCAUACCAAUGGAAUAGUCCCGAAAGUGAAAACUCUCAAUUCAAGUGCACCUUGAUUAAUUGUAUUUGACAUAAUGUAUUUGACCCAGGUCUGUAAUGAAUUUCCUUUGAGUCUGAAGUUGCUAGAAACCAGCCUAUCGAGUCUCACCCCCAUCUUUCACUUCCAGGUCCUUUUCACGGUCCUCCCUGUGGUCCACGUCUAUGCUAUCAGCACGUUGGCUUCCGAUGCCAAGCGUCAGCAAGGGAUAAGCCUGUACCCCUGUCCCGUGUAUAAGAAACCCAGACGCACAGACCUCACCUUCAUCUUCUCCCUGCUGCUGCGCACCGUCCAGUCCCCUGACCACUGGACACUGAGGGGAGUGGCUCUUCUCUGUGACUGCAAAUGA